GCCUCUCAGUUGUAGUUUGGAAGUUCUCCGGUGUGGAAGUGCCAACAUUUUGUGCGGGAAAAAGAAAAGAAAAUUUCGAACCAGUUCUUGUGAGAGGAGCUCCUCAAGAAUAUUAUGCGGUGUGAUGAACCGUCGCGACCUCCAAGACGUGUCGUGCUGACGGAGGCCUAUUGAGCAGGUUGUUGGGGCUAAACACGUAAUUGAACCAUCCCAGUGCAUUGCCUACAUGUUGAACAAUUACGCGCCAAUCGGUGAGAAUUUCCCGCGGAAUUUUCUUUUUUUCCCUCUCUCUCGUGUCUUGUAACAAUCUCACACAUUUUCUCGCGCAUACUUUUCACAUUGAUUAAAUAGAAUCAGGUGCCUUAGAAAUAUUUGAAUUUGCCCUUUUUUCUUGGGCUCAGCAGUCAGUGUGGUGCAACCGAAAAAAUUGAGGACAGAAAAGGAAGUUCUUUGCUUGCGGAAUUAAAUUUAAUUUGUUGUGUGUGAAUGUGUGGUGCCCACAUCACGCGCAACUGACCUCAAUGGACAUUUUGAGAAAUUUUCUUGUUGCGCUGCCUUCCUGCAUUGCUGUGUGGCAGUUUGUGGACAAAUCUGGGUGCAGCAGCAUCAUGUUGCUGUGAAAAGUGCUGCAGAAAAAUGAAGUGAAGAAGAAGUGAGAGAAGUUUAAGAAAAAGAAAAAAAAGAUUGGAAAACCAUCACUUGUCCCGCGACGUUUGUAACUGUAAAGACUGGCCACCACCUCCAGCUUCAUCGCGAUGGCCCCAUCGUGUGCUGAGAUCUCCACAAGGUGAGAGCUUCCCUAUCCCCCCAUCGCAUCAUCAUCAUCGUCACAUUUGCUGUGGUGAGUGAUAGCCAUGGAGGAGGACGUCCUCAAUGCACUCCAGAGUCGUUCCGCAUUCCUACCAGGUGGGCGUGAUCGGGACAACAAUUUGCUCCUCGUAAUUCCGGUGCCAUUUGAAUUGCAUCCCUGGACAAAGCCAUACCUCGAGACCUCCAUCAAGUACAUCCUCUCAUCACUCAGCGACGAAACGAAAAGUUGCGGCUUUACGGUGCUCAUUGAUGCCCAAAAGUGUUCUUGGCGCCUCGCAAAGAUCCACAUGCGCGCCACAACGCUCCUUGGUGCAAAUUUGUCCACACUCAUUGUUAUCCGUCCUGAUGCAUUCUGGGAUAAGCAGCGAGUUGAGAAUUGCGCAAGAAUCAACAAGACUGGCGAGCCAAUCAUCAUCUCCAAGUCCCGUCUCAGCAAGUAUUUCGACAUGAGUGAGCUGCCUGAUGAAUUGGGUGGCACACUUGCCUACAGUCACGAACAAUGGCUCCACAAUCGCAUGCGUGUCGAGGAGUUCAAGAAGGCGUACGAUCGGACUGUGAAUGACCUAGAAAAUCUACACAUAGCAUUGCUGGAUAGCAAAUCAUUGCGAGCAAAUGAGACUGAACAAGCCUUAAAAACAUGCGCCGCACUCAAUGGGGACGCCCAGAGAUUGGUCUACAGCGUCAUUGAGACGGGAAAGACAUUAAUUGCUGACUUGGGGAAGAUCACAUGGAGUCCCAACUUGGACUUUGUCAAGUCGCCAGAUCUCAUGGAUGCACUGGAGUCCAUUAAGAGGAUGCUGAAUGAGGUGGAGAAGCGUCAAACGGAAGUUGCCAGUGCGUGGAUUGAACUUGAGGCCAGUAUGGAGAUUGCCAGGGAAUUGGGAGCUCUCGAGGAGGGUGUAGCUUCGGUGAUUAAUUGGAUUCUCACAACAGCCGAAUCACUGCUGAAUGCCCAAAAGAAGAUCGGCUAUGACGUUCAAACAUCCGAGGAGCUGCGGAAGAAGCACGAUCAGCUGGAGAUGCAGUGUUUGGACACUUAUGGACGCUAUGCGGAACUUCUGCACAAAAUUGAGAAUUCCUCCGUGCCCAGGGAUACCUUUAUGCACAAGGAUUUAAUGUCCAAGAAGGACUUUAUGGAUUUUGUGUGCCGCAGCUUUGCAACACGCCUCGAAAGACGCCGGAAUAUCUUGAUAACUGCCCUGCGGUUCUUUCGUCUUGUGUCUGAAUAUUUCGAUAAGACCAGCGAAGUAUUUGAGACAAUGAUUAUGAGGAAUCGUCUGGAUGACUUUGAAAUGGCUCCCAUGAAUCUUCAGAAGCUCAAGGAAAGUCAACAGGAAUUAGAAACAGUUGAAAAAGAAUUGAUAAGAGAAGGAGAAAAACUCAGCGAUAUGCUCGCUAUGCCUAUUAAGGAUGCUCUAGGAUGUGACGUGGGGAUUGACUACAGCGAGGAUAUUGUCAAUAUUCGCGAUAUUCUCGAUGCUAGCAUAGCUCGUAGGAAUAUCUUCAUCGACAGCGUGGAAUUGCAGAAGCUAACGCUGGAACAGGUAGCCCUCAUUCAUUCCUACGAGACUGAUGCUGCAGUGGCUGUAAAGUGGAUGGAGGAUCUCUACAGUGUCAUGAUAAAGCUGCACUCUCACGUGGGAUCAAACAUGUAUGAGAUUCAGACGCAAAAAGAGGAGCUCCAAGCCUUCCAGGAGACUGCAAAGAGCAUCUAUGGCUACGGAUGCCAGCUCCUGGAAGCAUCCUUGACGCUGAGGCAGUCGUGCAAAUUCGAUGUAACCACAAAUGCAGCCAUGUUGGUGCAGUUGCAGCGUGCCUGGAGCAAUCUCCAAACAGUCAGUCAGGAGCAAAUGACGCGUUUGCGGGUCUCAGCGGUCUUUCAUCGAAGUGUGGAGGAUCACUGCCAGAAGCUGAAAGAGCUGCGAACGGCUGUGGAGACAACGAGUGACAUCGAUGACCCAGAUCGACGGCGGGCACGUCUCAGGAAGUAUCUCGCGUGUCGGGAGAGACUUCUCGUGGAAGUGGGCCGAAUGGUGCGUCUUGGGAGAUUACUGCGAACACGCCUCAAGGAAGCCUUCAUCUUGGACGACAAAGCCGAUGGGGUGUCGUCAUCGGGAGAAAAUACAAAUACAGUGAUGGCGUCUGAUAAUGCCAUUGCAUGCGAAGCCAUCUCGGAGAAGCUCAAUACCGUCGCCACGGUGGCUGAGGCACUUGAUGGCGUUCUGAGGGAUACUCAGCACGGAUUGGAGGUCAUUGAGACGACGGUGGCUGAGAAGAAGGGCGAAAAUGGAGUGGAAGACUGGAACUCAAGCCUAAAGUCAUCAAAAUCCUCCACUGAAGACGAAUCAUUCAUAACAGCUUCAGACUGCACGUGGACAGCACAAUCACGCUCAUCCUCUUACCACACAGCAUCAGAAUGUCGUGCAUCUCCGUGGUGGGAUUCAGAGAAGAAUUCUCUCGAUAUUGCCGAUGUUUCGGACAUUGAGGCAGACAUUCCAUCGCAUAAGCUGCACGGUUUAUCCUCAAAUUCAGCUUCAUUCGAUGAGUCCGAAAGGAGCUUCCUGUCACCAGCAAAUGCCUCCCCACUCUAUCCUGCUGAGCAAAGUGACUCAGAUGAUACGCGGAAGAAGCCAAUGAGUCGCGGAAGAAAUUCCCCAGAUUCGGAAGUUCUUCUCACAGAUGGGAAACCCGCCCUGCCACGGCGGAAGGAUGCCGAUGGGGUGGAGAAGAGUGGCGAUCAGUUUCACAUAAAAGUCGUUGAGGCAGAACCACGGCUGACAUUUCUUGGCGGUGAUCUCGAUGAGGCUGUUCUAUUGCAGCGGCAGCACGAUGAGGUGCUCAGGAAAUUGCAGGACAAUACAAAUCCAGUGGAUGAAUUUUUGCGAAAAGUAGAUGAGAUGAUUGAGACAAAACGCCCCCGUGCUGAGGUCCUACAGGCAAUGGAGCAAUCAAUAAAGACCGUUUGGGACGAUAUGACCUCCCUGUUGCAUCAUAGAAAAAUAAUUGCAGACACAAAUGCGAAUUUUCACGAAAAAAUGGGUGCCUGUAGGGGGAAAAUGAGUGCCCUGGAGGAAGCCUGUCGUGACACAAUGAUCCCCAUUGAGGUGGAUCCCGUGGAGGAAUUCCUGGCCAAGAUCAAGGAUCUCCGAACAGACGUCUUGGCUUCCGUUAUGUCAGCCCUGCGUGAGGGGAACGAGCUCCUGGCGCAUCUCAAGGAGAUCGCCAAGGAAGGUAGCCUCGAUUCACGUCCCGAUCACAUAAAACAGGAUGCAGUGAAAGCAAUUCUGCAAGUGGAGGUGUGGCUGGAAGACUUGCACGAUCGGAGAAAUGCUCUAGAGAUCGCGUGGCAAAGCCGGAAGUCGCAGUUGGAGCAAUGCCUACAGCUGGCGGUGCUUGUGAAGGAAUUGGAGGACAUCGAGGCCAUGCUGCACCGCCGUGAGAGCGAUAUGUCCAUUGCAUUCACCCUCGGUGACACAGAGAGCAUUGUGGAUCAUUUGCUGCGGGAGUAUGUUGGCCUCAAAGAUGAUGCCAUGCUGUUGCGCGAUCGUGCACUGAGGGCAGCAAAGGCCACGGAAGAUCUCGUGCGAUCGGAUUGCUUUGCCGGCGAUGAGGCGUGUGCCAGGGCCUAUGCUGUGCUGGCACGCUGUACAGAUUUCUUCGAUGAGACAGAUCGCCGCGAGAAUUGGCUGCUGCAGGCGAAAGAUUUCUUCCAUCGCGCGGAAGCAGCUCUCGCCACAUUGGAUGCCAUGGAGGCAGAGGUGACGAGGGCAAAGGUGUCAUCGGAGGCACCGGAAGCAAUUGCAGUGUACACACGACUGCUGGGUCGGCUGGCUGGGUUGAUUGAUGAGCCCGUGCAGAUGGGCUACUGCCUAAUGGACGACGUGGGUCGCACGCAACCCGAAGUGAUGGGUGUGAAGCGCGUCGUGGAGGAGAUGGAGAAUCGAAAGAUCUAUUUAGAGCAAGUCUGCUCGAUGAAUAGCGAGAAGCACGUCACCAUUUCCGAGCACAUCAACACCUUCUUCCUCCACUACAAUGAGAUCCUCUCCUGGCUCGUGUCCACCGCGGAGGCAACACUCAAAAAUCACAACACCUUCGGACGCAAUCUCCCCACAGCUCAUGAAUUUCUCACAGCACAUCACAAACUCCUCUCAGAUCUUGAGGAAAAAGGCAGGGAAAUUAAUAAAUUACUCACAUCACUCGCUCCAAUUCUCGAGGAAGUUGACGUGGAUCAACGAAGAAGCAUCGAUGAGAAGGUGGGAGCACUGCGGAAGCACUGGACGGAUGUGAAGAAUAUUACAGACGCCCGUGUGGAUCUCGUCCUGCUGUACAUUCAAUUUCUCGAUGAAUCAGAGAGUCUCGCAAAGACAUUCGAUCAGAUCGAUGCGAUCCUCAAAACGUCACCGAGUGAGGAGAAUCUUCAGCGCAUCCAAAAGGCUUGGACCGUCAUACAGCCCGCAUACACUGAGAUUAAACUCACUGCCAGGAGGUUUAUCGACGAGGCCUCAAAGGUCGCGGACCCAUAUCUCGAAACAAAAAGUGCCUGCUCUCGAGUCGAUGAGAUUCUGAACGAUUUCAGUUCGCGACAGUUUAGUAUCACGGAAAGUUGGGAAAGUUGGACGCACAGCGUUACCAUAAAGCGCGAAACGGAGCUCCUGUGGGAGAAGAUAAUGUCGGAAAAUGUUCAAACACUCAAUGCAGCAUCAAAGCUCGAUGCUCAAUUGUAUCCUGUCCUGUCGUCAGCGUCGAAUGAUCCAGGUGAUCUCAAGGGGUUCAUUGCGGAUCGCUUGACGGCGGUUUUGGGGGAUAUUGCAAAGGCAAAAUGUGAUCUUCAGGAACGCAUCACGGCAACAUCGUCGUUGGAUGCAAAGGAUGGCGGUACGACGGAGAAGUUGCAGCAAGUUAUUGAGAAUCUCACGUCGAUCAAGGGGAAAUUGGAUCGUAUUGCAAAUGAAUAUGAGACGCUGGUGAUCUCCAUUGUGUCCUUCCUAGAUGCCAUAGUGACCACAAAGAGGCGCAUUGAGGACUACUUUGCCACGCAAAAGGUCAUCAAUCGCGACAGUGCGGAACGCGUUGUGAGUGAUCACGAAGCUUUCAGGGAUAGCAUUAAGGCUCAAUUCCGAUCGCUAAUCUCACAAAGUGAAACCAUCAUUGAGCGCGUGCGCACGCAGGAACCGCCAGGAGCACGAGAGCAUGACACGGAUCGCAUUAUUACCCUCCUGGAGCACCUGCGUGGAACGUUUGAGUCACAAAUUGAGACGAAGAGCAAUGAAUUGCGUGAACAGCAGCAAUUGGGGCUGUUCAACAGGGAGCUAAAGGACAUUCAUGGUAAUCUGGACGACAUGACGAAGCAACUGGAGGAGACUGAGGGGCAAACGUGCGAAAAUCUCGCAGCAAUCUCCACGAAAUCCAUUGCAUUCGAAUAUUUCGAGAGGACGAUCGAUCUUCUCGGAAAACGCAUUGAGAAUUUCCGACGUAGUGCCGAAAAUAUAUCAACGACAUAUCCCAAUACGAGGGCGUAUGUGGAGGAAGAGGUGCGAAAGUUGCUGCAACGAUGGGAAGAAUUCUGUGAGAGAUCACGAAAAUCCAGGAGAUCUCUCGAUUUGUCCGUUGAGUACUUCAAAUUGCUCGAUGAGAUUAACACCCAGUACCGAAUACAUUCAACAUACUAUGCGCAUACGAGCAACACGGUCCCAUUUGUCUCAUCUAUUGAGCAAGCCAAUGACUUGGUCAACCAAAUUGAUGACUACAUUGAUCAAAAUGAAGCCUCACAGCUGAAUAAACUGAAGAAAUUGUCUGAAAUAUCCAUUGAGAUCUACGGAUUGGACAAAACUGUCACAAUUUACACGGAAAAUCUCUCACUUUUCCAAUCAUUUCUUAAACUGAAAGCCGAUCUCAAUGCAACAGUGGAGAAGCUGAAGGAGGAACAAAUCCGCGAGAGAAGUGAGAAAGUUGAAAAGCUAAAAAUUAUUGAGGUGCAAACAACCCAAAGUAUUGCUCCGAUCUUUACGCAAACCCUCACAGAUGCCACUAUUCAGGAGGGUGAGCGUUUUACCUUUGAUUGCGCUGUGACAGGAAGUCCAGAGCCUGCAAUUGAAUGGCUAAAGGAUGGAAUUUCCAUUCAGAGCAAUUCUGACUACAAAACAACCACCAUUGAUGGGUUGUGUUCGCUCUCAAUUGAGGAAACUCUUGCCGAAGAUUCAGCCACAUUCACGUGCAGGGCAACAAACGCAGCUGGGAGUGCAGAAACAACCGCCAGGCUCACGGUUAAGGAGAAUGUUGCUGAGGAGCCACUUGUUCCACCAUCAUUUGUUGAACUUCUCCAGCCUGGCUAUGCCAAAGAGGGAGCGACAUUUGAAUUCCGCUGCAGGGCAGCAGGUUACCCUCUUCCGGUGGUUGAAUGGUUUAAGAAUGAUGUGUGCAUCGAUCAAUCGCCCGACUACAUCAUCACCUUCAACAAUGGACUGGCUAUUUUGAAGUUUGAGCAUGUCUUCCUCGAGGAUCAGGCUACAUUCACGUGCAGAGCCACCAAUACUUCGGGAAUGGUGGAGACUUCGGCGAAUUUAUGUGUUGAACCUCUUGAGCCAACAGAAGUUCCAGCUUUCAAAGUUUCUCUGUCAAAUGUGAUGGCUCGCGUGGGACAGAAGAUAAAAUUGGAAUGCGAAGUCACCGGGAUUCCGCGUCCUGAACUCUUCUGGACCCACAAUGGCAAACCAUUCACGGGUCGUGACUCAAAAUUGAUCGUGGACGGUGAUCGGGUCACAUUGCUCAUCCCGGAGGCCUUCUUCAAAGACACAGGCGUCUACACGUUGACCGCGAAAAAUUUAGCCGGAGAGGUGUCCAAUUCGUGCAAUGUGUGCGUGAAGGGACGCGUGCCAAAUGAGACGUCUGAUUCGGAAUUUGCCAGUGAUAUGGAACCCGUGAAGCCAGCUGUGCAGCUUCCACUGAAGAAUACGAGUGUGUUUGAGGGUAAAUCCGUUCGUUUGGACUGUGUGAUUGUGGGUCAACCGGAACCCGAAGUUAUUUGGUAUCACGACGAUAGACCCGUUAAGGAGUCUGCGGAUAUUCAGCUACUCUUUCAGGGGGACAGGUGCUCACUCCUCAUUCACGAGGCCUACACAGAAGACGCGGGAGAGUACAAAGUGAUUGCUAUUAAUUCUGCAGGUGAAACUUCAAGCAUUUGCCAGCUAACAGUGACUCCACUGAAUAAUUUGGAGCCUGCAACAAGGAUGACCGGCGAAAGGAUGCAAUCAACGGUUUCCCCGCCGAAGUUUGAGAAGCUCCUGAUUGAUAUUUUGGCCCCAGAAGGGGAGAAGGUUGUAUUUGAAUGCCUUGUUUCGGGAGAUCCACGACCUGAGAUCAAGUGGUUGUUGAAUAAUCGCGAAAUCAUCCCGAAUGAACGCAUCCAGACAUCCUACGCCGACGAUGGGACAAUCAAGCUAACAAUUGAGAAUAUAACAUCAAACGACAAAGGCCUAUACACAGUUAAGGCUACAAAUUCCUCCGGAGAAUCCAAAUGCUUCUCCCACUUGAUUGUAAAGUCCGUCAACGCCGGGGAUGCGCAAACAGCGAGUCAGGAUGUCAUCAUUGAGGAGCACUACAUCUGCCCAAUGUUCAAGGAACUCUUCUCCGAUCGUGUGGUGCGCAUUGAUGAGCCAACAAAGUUUGAGUGCAUCGUCUUCGGGAAGCCAACACCAAAAGUUCGUUGGUUGUUCAAUGAUGAACCCGUUCAUGGGAAAAAUUUCCUCAUUUCCACAAGUGGAGAUCGCCAGGUGUUGGCCAUUCCGGCUGUAACGAGUGAGACCACGGGGAAGAUUGCCUGUGUGGCUGAAAAUGAAAUCGGGAAGGCAACGUGCGUGGCCUAUUUGAAUCUUCAGGGUGACUACAUUCCCACCCAGGUGGCAAGUCCACAAACUUACACGCAGGAGCACAAUACUCAAUCAUCACUCGUGACGAUUAAGAAGCAAAUGUUCACGACCACAUCAACGCAACAGGUGAGCUCUGUGGCAAACAACAUCCCACAGACGCAAAUUCUCACAAGCCAGCAAUUCCCCGAUACUCUGGAGCAGCGACAAUACCAGGAAUAUCAUCAAGAUCACGCACCGAGUCAUCAGCAAAAAUCCAUUGUCAUCCGCACCGUUGCUGAUGUUCCAAAAGCAACGAGGAAGCACACUCCACCACGCUUUAUAUCACCACUCAUUGGCAAGAUUGUCGAUCAGGGAGCUAAUGUUGUGCUAGAAGCCGUUGUGGAUGGCCACCCAUCGCCCGAUGUGAAGGUGACAAAGAAUGGGGAACCCAUUGAGAAUGAUGCGCACAUCAGUGUGACCUACAACUUCAACAAAGUCACAAUUCAACUAAAUAAUGUCUCCGUUUCCGAUGCUGGACGGUACAUUUGUACAGCCAAUAAUGCUGCAGGAACAUCCACGAGUGUUGCUGAUCUCGUUGUUAAAAAAUCCAUCUUUCCUCCUGUCUUUGGGCAUCGCCUUCAGACGCAAAUUGCAAAGCUGGGUGAAAGGGUGAUAAUGGAUGUGGAGAUAACUGGAUUGCCAGAGCCAACGGUUACGUGGUACAAAGAUGAUUUGCCACUCAACGAAGCUUCCUUGUCGCAGCAUAAAGUUCAGAAAAUGGGGAACUGUUACAAGCUGAUCAUUGAGAAAGCUUCCUUAACGGAUGCUGGGAAAUACAUGGUGUCAGCUGUGAAUCCUGGAGGGAAGGCAGAGAGCAUCGCAAGUUUCGCUGUGAUGGAAAAGACUCCCGAGAGGGUUGUCGAAGUGAUCAAGACUGUCGUGUACGAAGAUCCGCAGGAUCAUACGAGGAAGGGGUCGGAAGAGAGUUCAGCUAUUCUUAGACCACCGAGCUCUUCUCAUUCCGCACACACCGUCUCGCAGGCCACGAUGGAUCUGCACGGGUCGGAGGAGUCAACAAUUGUCACGGAGACACGCCGCACAACGGAAGCAACAAUGCGAAUGGAGCACAAGGUAUCAUUUCCGGAUCUGCCACCGCUCACACAGACACAGAAUACGCAAACGCAUGCAACCCCAAUGCGCCACGAAGCAACAAUGUCCGAUAGUGCGGCUCUCAAGUCGUCCGGAACAAAUACGGAGGCACUUGAGAUGAAGCGGGUGGCAACACAGACCCCACCCCAGGUCCCCACGAAGCCAUGCCAGGAGGAGGAGGAAGUUAUUCAGACGCAAUCAAUUACGAAGAAAUCCGCAAUGGAGUACUUUGAGCACAAGAUCAAGAGUGAGCCCGAGGAGAAGUAUACAAAGUUCAGCGAUCUCAAGGUGUCACCGUUCGAGCAGAAGUUGUCGAGUGAUUUAAAGAUGUUGAAUUUGGAACCUGGCCCAGCUCCGGAAAUUGGCUUUAUGCCAAAAGGUGAUCAAGUGAAGAGAGAAAAUAUUUCAGAUCGUAUUAAGCGUCUCGAGGAGGGGCAUAGGGAGACGGAGACUCCAUCCGGAGGCAUCAGGGUGUUCCCACAGCUUUCCCGGACUGAUGAACCGGGUAGUGUGUCCCCACGACCCUCAGCUGAGGCGGUGGCAAUGGAGAAACUCUGGGCAUCCCCUAAACCACACGAGGUGCAUGAUUUUACGGAGAAGAAAACAACCGAGCAACGCUACACGUGGGCUAGUAGCCAGGAAAUGAGCAUUGGAACAUGCCAUGAUGUUCCCACGGAAGUUCCCACAACCGAUGAUACCCUCAAGAAUUACUCAAUCACAUCGGCAAAGAAGGUCUUUGAGGAUAAACUAAAGGAAGCCCCGGAGCUUGUGGCACCUCAACUUGUGCGACAAGUCUCAAAGGAGCGUCCAAAGUCCGUUCAUGAGCUCUUCCAUGCCAUCCACUUGGAACCGGGAUCCCCACCAGAGGUGUGUUAUGCCCCAAAGCCCACGUUUGAGCGCAAAAAAUCCCUGGUGGAGACACUCGAGGAGAGCCUGGAGCGGAAAAUCGAAUCAGAACCGACACGUGUUCCACCAGGUGGUGUACGCAUAGUUCCGCCGCCAAAGCGUGAAAGAUCCCUCCCACCCACAAUCCAACCACCCCCCGUUGUUCCCUGCCUGCGGAGUGAUGUGAGUGAAGCUGAAUUGUCCAGUGAUUUUGAAUCCCUACCCCGUUUGGCGCAAUUUAGGCACGUCGAAGCACCCAAAGUCACGAGAGAGCCACACAAAGCUCCCAGUGACGCGCCCCCCAGCAGUGUCUUCCCGAGUGGCUACAUGGCUGACACGGAGGAUCAGAGCACGAUACCUCAUCACCAUGACACUCAAUUUGCCCCAAAUGCAAAACACUACCGGCACCACAAUCAUAAGCAUGAAAGAAUCUAUGAAUCAUCUGGAACUGAUCCCAAGGAAUACUCAACGGCGUCACUGAUAAAGAAUAUCUCAGUGACAACGACGCAGUACAAGUACUUGGAUGAUCAUCAAUUAGAACCAUUGCCGUACACGGUGGAUCCACCGCAAGCGAAGCGCCCGCGGAUACCACCACCGCCUAGUCCUUCGAAAUUCAUUAAAGGUGAAUUUCGCGAGAGUGACUACGAGAGCGACUACGAGGGACGCAUUGUACCCAUUUGGCGUCCCACGGACUCUGAUUCGGAGCCCCAAUAUCGUCCUGUGCGGCCUGUUUUGACGCCCACGGGUCGUCGAUCGGGUGUCUCUGAUGGGCAUCGUUCGCCCACGCCUCCCUCUGAAUUCGAUCGCAAACCACGUCCGAGUGAUGGACCACCACGUCCCAAAUUUGAGCCCAUUGAGAAGAUUAAUCGCAUCACGGAGACAAGCUACAGCCACUCAACGCGGCAACAGCAGCAGCAACAUCAUCAGCAGCCGUUUGUGCACAAACCAACGCCAGUUACAUCAACGAGAUACUUUACAGCAACUGCAGGUACUCCAGUUCACAAUACGAUUGCAACGGAAACCAGCAACACGAUGCACAUGCGGGAGCACACGGAAACCAGCCAUCGUGUGGUGAAUAUGAAUCAAACAACGAGGGUAAUCAAGUUCGAUGGUGGGCAGAAGAAGAGCGAACUUGAACCCUUCCCGUAUGCUCCACCAACAAAUGGGGACACCUCUCCACGUCCUCGUGUCUCCCUUCCACCCACACCAACGCGUUUCGUGAAGGGAGACUUCCGGGAGAGUGAUUACGAGAGUGAAGUGGAUGCAGCACGAAUUCGUCCGGUGUGGACCCCUAAUCCUCUCGAUGGGGAUGAGCCACACUACCGCAGAGUUGCUCCGCCACAGCCAACACGAUCAGCUAGCUGUCCACGCUCCUACCCAGCUGAGAGGGUGCUAACACCGAUGGAAUUUGACAGACAAGGCCCCUUGAUGCCGCAACUCUCACCCAGCUUGACCCCAACAAAGGACUACAGGACGCAAACACUCGAUCGCUAUGCUACAAAGAGGGUGCAUCAGUAUGUGACGACGAAGAUGACACAGGAUGACACCAGCAUUCGUCAUCAGCAACCCAUUCAGGCGUAUGCUCAACAUCAAAUGCGUGAUCUCGGGAGCAGCAUUAAGACGAAAGCAACGCAGUUUAUGCGAGACAUCGCAUCCGACCUGAAACAACCGCAAAAACCAAUUCUCAAGAAAGCAACGAGCACCGGAAAUGAACCACAAGCCUACAGGGAAGAGUCCAGAAUCUCACAGUAUGAUUCCCCAAAAUUCAAUCAUACGCAGUACAUUGUUGAAUUCACGCAGCACCCACUUGGUAGGAAUCACGACAGAAAUAGUCCGGCAGAACUCAUGGAGAAAUGGGAGAACGUCGUGGAGAGUCUCCUUUCACCGGCAACGCCCUCAGACGCAGUUCAUGGAGUAACCCAGCAGCAACAAGCUAUACAGCAACAACCACAAGUUUACCAGCAGCAGCAGCAGCAGCAACAGCAACAGCAGCACUAUGAGCGAACGACGCAGUACCAGCAAGUGGCGCCAAAACCAUACGCGCCAGUGCCCGCUACGGGACGUCGCGAACCGAUUUUCGAGCAAGUGUUUCAAAAUGCAAGAUUUGCCCAGGGUGGCGAUGCCCUCUUCCAGGGACGCCUCCGCGGAAAUCCCAUGCCGCGUGUUUCUUGGACCCGAAAAGGUGCACCACUUCUCGAGUCCCAGAAGUACCGCAUGAGCUACAAUGAGAGCACUGGGGAUGUUUCCCUGCUCAUCCGGCAAAUCAGUCCCGAAGACAUUGGGGAGUACACGUGCUUCGCCGUGAAUGACUACGGUGAGGCUAUUUGCUCGGUUUUCAUUCAAUUCGAGGGUCAGCCACAAGUUCAGGGCUACCGCAAGGAAUUCGCGCAGACGUACGAAUCCACCCAGAAUGCACAGGGGCAGCGUACGCAGUCGACACAGCGGUAUGAGCAGCAGCAGAACUUCAGCAAUGGCUACAACAACUACACCCUCAUUGAGGAGGACUUCAAGGUGGACACCUUUGAGUAUCGCUUACUGCGCGAGCAGUCCUUCCGUGAAUCCAUCACGCGACGUCACGUCUCCGAGGCGGACAGUCAGUUGUGCACACAACUCGAACGAGGACCCGCAGCUCCGCCACAGAUUGCCCAAAAGCCACGAAAUUCGAAAUUAAUCGAGGGCUCAGAUGCCGUCUUCACGGCCAAGGUAGCCUCUAACCCAAGGCCACGACUCACGUGGUUCCGCAAUGGGAAACGUAUCUAUGCAUCGGAGAAGUAUGAGAUGACCUACAGCAAUCAACAGGCAACACUGCGUGUACGCAAUGCCACGUACGCUGAUUCAGGACACUACACGCUCCUUGCUGAAAAUACCCAAGGAGUUGUGGUGUCAUCAGCUGUCCUGGCCAUUGAGCCAGCAGCUGAGAGUGCCACCACAGCUGAACCAAAACCCGUCGAUACAAUGGCCGAAGCCGCAGAAGCCGGCAAAGCUCUCGCCCCUGCUUUUGUGCGCACCUUCCAGGAUCGCGAAACGAGUGAGGGAAAGAUGUCACGCUUUGAUUGCCGCGUCACCGGGCGCCCCUAUCCCGAAGUUCUCUGGUUCAUCAAUGGCGAACAAGUUAGGGAUGAUGCAACACACAAGAUUCUCGUGAAUGAAUCCGGCAAUCACUCACUAAUGAUCAUCAAUGUGAGUCGACGCGAUGCUGGAGUUGUCUCGUGCGUGGCACGCAAUAAAUCCGGCGAAGUGGCAUGCCAAGCGAGGCUGAAUGUGCUGGAGAAGGAAAUAGUCGUAGCACCAAAGUUCGUUGAGCGCUUCACAACGGUCAGCGUGCACGAAGGUGAGCCUGUGCAGCUCAAUGCACGCGCCGUGGGAACACCCACACCACGAAUUACGUGGCAGAAGGAUGGAGCCCCAAUUGUCGUUAGCCCGGACAUCCGGGUGGGCAUUGAGGGGGGCGCCACAACACUGGACAUCCUCCGUGCCAAAGCAUCCGAUUCCGGGUGGUAUCAGUGCACGGCUCAGAAUGUGGCUGGAUCGACAGCAACACGAGCUAGACUCUACGUUGAAGUGCCCAAAGAUGAAAUCCCCGAGCAGAGACGUCUUCACCUACCGCGGCCCACCAAAGUCAUCGAACCCGAACCAUCUCCUGGCCCUGAGAUCAUCUACUUGCGACACGUUGAGCGUGCCAAACCCCACUUGGCACCAGGAGAGGCUGAUCGUGUGUAUCCACCUCCGCAAUUUAUUGUUCCCCUUCGUGAUGUUCAACAAACUGAGGGUGGAAAGAUUCAUUUUGAAGCACGCAUCGAACCCGUGGGCGAUCCCACCAUGUACAUCGAAUGGUUCCUCAAUGGAAGGCCCCUAACUGCCAGUUCUCGUGCAACGUACACGUUCAAAUUUGGCUUCAUUGCCUUGGAUAUGCUUAGUGUGGCUGCACAUGAUGCUGGAGAGUACGUGUGCCGUGUUACAAGUGCCACAGGCGUUGCAGAAUCUCGUGCUGUGCUCAAUGUUGUCCAACGGGCAUCAAUUGAGCAACGCACGCAACAUCCGGAGAGUCUGCAGCAGAUCCAACAGCUGGAAGACUAUUCCAAAUAUCAGCGCUCUGAGAGCAUUGAAGAGUUGACAAAUCAGAAGCCAGUCUUCAUUAAACCUCUUGUGAAUUUGGGUGACAUUGAAGAGGGUAGAAAUGCCCAUUUUGAGGCUCAACUCACGCCCGUUAGUGACCCAACAAUGCGCGUGGAAUGGUACAAGGAUGGCCGCCCAAUCACGGCAAGUUCGCGAAUCACUGCAAUCUUCAACUUCGGCUACGUCUCCCUCAACAUCUUGCACCUACGGGCUGAAGAUGCUGGUUCGUACACCGUUCGUGCCGUUAAUCGACUCGGUGAGGCCAUCAGUACGUCCACAAUUCGUGUUCUCACAAAGAGCACCGUUACAUCGGAUUUGGGCAUCCCGGAGCAGCAGCGCUACAUUGAACGUAUGGAGCAGUUGGAGGCCUAUCAGCAGCAGCAACAUCAGAAGUACGUCGAGGAAGUGCCUGAGAGUACACGUGCACCCGAAUUCAAGACACCCAUCAAGGAUCAACUGGAGAUUCGUGAAGGAGGCUUUGCCCACUUUGAAGCUCGCCUGGAACCCGUUGGGGAUCCAACAUUGCGCGUUGAAUGGCUCCGCAAUGGACGCCCUGUUGAGGCUAGUUCACGCAUAACGUCCUUCUUCAACUUUGGCUACGUCGCUCUGACCAUAAAGCAGAUCACGGUGCACGAUGUCGGGACGUACACGUGCCGUGCCUACAAUGCCAUUGGGCAGGCAACCACCAAUGCCAACUUGAGCGUAGUGACAAAGAAGGAUAUUCUGUAUGAUUCACAACACCCGAGUGGGCUGCAGAAGAUCCAACAUUUGGAGGAUACAUCACGGUACACGCGUACAGAGCAGGAGGAUGUGAGUGUGAAGCAAGCACCACGCUUCCUUGGGCCACUCAAAGGAACAAAUAAGAUUCUCGAGGGACAGAGGGCUCACUUUGAGGCUCGUGUUGAGCCCCAAAGUGAUUUGUCCAUGACGGUUGAGUGGUACCACAAUGGCAAACCAAUUAUGCCGGCAAAUCGUAUUCAGAGCUAUCAUGACUUUGGCUACGUUGCUCUUGACAUUGUUGGAGUUCGUGCUGAAGAUGCUGGCGUGUACACCGUUGUGGCGAGAAAUAAGUUAGGAGAAGCACAACUUCAAGGAACUAUGGUUGUUGAAACUCGCUCUAGCAUCGACACAAGCAGCAUGCACCGGGGCACGUAUGAGAAGACACAACGCAUGGAGGAGGGAAAAUUUAUUGAGCCCCAGUACGAGAUUGAGGAGAUCUCCAAAUCGAAGCCAGUCUUCGUGACACCGCUGUCUGACCCCCAACCUGUGCACGAGGGAAAAAACGUGCAUCUCGAGUGCCGCCUUGAGCCCAUGGGCGAUCCAACAAUGCGCGUGGAGUGGUUCCACAAUGGACGCCCCAUCACCGUUGGCUCACGCUUCCGUACUUACUACGACUUCGGAUAUGUGGCACUCGAUAUCAUCCAUGCAACUUCCCUUGAUUCUGGCGAGUACACCGUGCGUGCUGUUAAUCACCUCGGAACGGCACACACGUCGGCGUGCGUGCGUGUAAUUGGGCACAGUGACAUUAUUGCCGACACGCAGAAUGAGAUGUCUCUCGAGCAAAUUCAAGCCCUUGAAGAUGCCUCACGGCGCCGGCAGCAGGUUGCUGAGGAGAUUACAGUCAUGCAGGCGCCACAAUUCACGCGCCCGCUGCACAACAUUGAAACGGUUGAGGGUACGAAUGUGCACCUCGAAUGUCGGCUGCAGCCCGUGGGGGAUCCCACAAUGCGCGUGGAGUGGUUCGUGAAUGGGGUGCCCGUGAAGACGGGCCAUCGCUUCCGGCCGGCGUAUGAGUUUGACUACGUUGCCCUUGAUCUACUCGGUGUGUACGCCGUGGAUUCCGGGGUGUACACGUGCCAAGCACGCAAUCAACUCGGGGAGGCCGUGACAUCGUGCUCGGUGCGCGUGAUCGCCAAGAAGGAUCUAAUCUUAGACACGCAACACCCUCAGGGGCUCGAGAAGAUUCAAUAUCUCGAGGAUUCCUCGCGGUACAAGCGUUCCGAGUAUGUCGAUGAGAUUGUUAACAUUAAGCCGCGCUUCUUGACACGCCCCAAGAAUUUGGAGGGAAUGCGCGAGGGGCAACAUGCGCACUUUGAGUGCAAACUCGAACCCGUCACCGAUCCCAAUCUCAAGGUUGAAUGGUACAAGAAUGGCCGGCCAAUCACUGUGGGCCAUCGCUUCCGGCCCAUUCAUGACUUUGGCUACGUUGCCUUGGAUGUUAUUGAUCUCAUUGCUGAGGAUUCCGGUACCUACACGUGCCGUGCUGUGAACUUUGUCGGGUCAGAUGAGACGCAAUGCAACCUGAUUUGCCGGGGAAGUGAACAGAUUGUGACUGGAUCACAGAAUGAGGCUGGCCUGGAGCAGAUUCACUACUUGGAGGAUAGAUCGCGGUACCACAGGCAGGAAGUUGUGGAUGAGAUCACGAAACAAGCGCCAAUCUUCACGACUUCCCUGAAGAAUGUUGAGAUUAAGGAGGGACAGAGGGCUCACUUUGAGUGCCGUCUCAUCCCGGUGUCUGAUCCAACAAUGAAGGUUGAAUGGUACCACAACAAUACCCCCCUUAAGUCUGGAUCACGCUUCACGGAGACGAACAAUUUUGGCUUUGUUGCUUUGGACAUUAUGGGAUGCCUUCCGGAGGAUUCUGGCACGUACACAUGUCGUGCUGUUAAUGCCCUGGGUGAAGCUGUAACGUCAGCCAUUGCUAUUGUGCACACCCGCAAGGCAAUCUACAUGGAAUCCCAGCAUGAAGGAGCCUUGACGCACCUCCGUCAACUCGAGGAUACUUCCAGAUAUCAGAGGCAGAGUGUUCAGGAUGAAUUUGUGAGUCAAGCUCCACUCUUUACGCUCCCCGUGAAAGACAAUCGUGUUGCUGAGAAUCAAGCAGUUCACUUUGAGGCUAGACUCAUCCCUGUGGGAGAUCCCAAGCUCAAAGUUGAAUGGCUGAGGAAUGGCGUCCCGCUGGAAGCUUCUAAUCGCAUCACAACAAUGCAUGACUUUGGCUAUGUUGCCCUCAAUAUGAAAUAUGUGAACCCUGAGGAUUCCGGCACGUACACAUGCAGAGCAAUCAAUGAAUUGGGUCAAGCAGUUACGUCUGCUUCUUUAAUCGUCCAAUCUAAAGCAGCACUACAGAUGGAGACCCAAAAUGAGGGAGCAUUGCAGAAGAUUCAAUACUUGGAGGAUACAUCGCGGUAUGCUCGUCGCGAGGAGGAAGAUGUGGUGGUUAAGCAGGCACCACGCUUUACGGCUCAACUACACGGCCCAACGAAUUUAAUUGAGGGUCAAAGUGCGCACUAUGAGUGCAGGAUUGAACCCUAUCCGGAUCCCAAUUUGCGCGUUGAAUGGUUCCACAAUGGGCAACCCCUGCAGACGGGACAUCGUUUCAGGACGUCGUACGAUUUCGGGUUUGCCGCUCUGGAUAUUCUCACGGUUUAUGCGGAAGAUAGUGGCGAGUACACGGCACGAGCUGUUAAUAAACUCGGCCAGGCUCAGUCGUCAAUUAAGCUGAAUGUUAAGUCGAAGCAGUCAAUUAUUCACGAUACUCAGCAUGAGGGAGCCUUGGAGAAGAUUCAAUACCUCGAAGAUGAUUCCCGGUACAAGCGUAGGGAGGAGGAAGAACAAUUUAUUGCGGAGAAGCCACAAUUUGGGCGUCCACUGAGGAAUGCAAAUGUCCAAGAGGGCACGCCUGUUCACUUGGAAGCCACCUUGACUCCUGUCAAUGAUCCAACAAUGAAGGUUGAAUGGUACUGCAAUGGAAGGCCCAUUCCGCAAGGGCAUCGUUUUAAGACUGUCUAUGACUUUGGCUUUGUUGCUCUGGACAUUCUGUAUGCCUAUGCUGAGGAUACAGGCACGUACAUGUGCAAAGCUAAGAAUGCUGUAGGGGAAGCUGUAACAACAUGCGCUGUUAAGGUGAAUCCCAAUGCAGGACUCUACCUUGAUACCCUCGAUGAGCAACGUUUGGCCAAGAUCCGGGAAUUGGAGAGCUACGAAAGACCACAGAAGGCUGAAGUUGAGGAAGUUGGUCAGAAGCCUGUGUUCUUGACACCCCUGCAGAGUUUGGAGAAUCUCAAGGAAGGUGAUCAUGCGCAUCUGGAGUGUCGCGUUGAACCCAUCAAUGAUCCCAAUUUACGCAUUGAAUGGUUCAUCAAUGGUAAAGCCAUUCGCGCAGGGCAUCGUUUCCGUACAACUCAUGAUUUCGGAUAUGUUGCCUUGGAUGUUUUGUACGUGUACGGAGAGGAUACAGGCACGUACAUGUGCAAGGCUACAAAUCUCCUUGGGGAAGCCAUGAAUACCUGCAACAUUCGCGUUGUCAAUCGUCGCUCAAUUAUCCUCGAUACGCAACAUCCCGAUGGGUUGGAGAAGAUUCAGAAACUCGAGGCGAAAGCAGGACCAGCUAGGCCUGAAAUUCAGGACCUCCCACUCAGUCCACCGAGAUUUGUUACCGAACUCCGAGGCACGACGGAACUGUAUGAGGGGCAAACAGCUCACUUUGAGGCACAAGUUGAACCAAUUCACGAUCCAAAUCUUCGUAUUGAGUUCUAUCACAACGGGAAGCCACUGCCGUCUGCAUCCCGCUUCCAUAUUACCUUUGACUUUGGCUACGUUGCCUUGGAUAUUCAGCACGUUGUGCCGGAGGAUGCAGGAGAGUACUCUGUGCGAGCUGUUAACGCUCUUGGGCAGUGCGUGUCCUCAAUUAAGAUGCGUGUAAUUGCCAAGGAUAGCAUCAUUAUGGAAUCUCAGCGCCCGGAAGGUCUCGAGAAGAUUCGUCAACUUGAGCAGGCAGCUCCGUUCAAGCGUCCCGAAAUCCCAGAUCAGGUGACACGACAACGUCCCGUCUUCACGCAACCUCUGCAGAAUAUUGAUGCACUCGUUGAAGGGGAAACGGCUCACUUUGAAUGCCGUCUCAUCCCUGUAGGGGAUCCAACGCUCAAAGUUGAAUGGUUCCGGAAUGAUAAGCCGCUGGAAGAUAGUUCGAGGAUAACGAAGCAACAUGACUUUGGGUACGUCUCAAUGGACAUUCAGCAUGUGCGUGAGGAAGAUCAGGGAGUGUACAUGUGUAGGGCAACAAAUCCACUUGGGGAGGCUGUUACGACGGCAUCCAUGAAGAUUCGUACGCAUGCAAACAUUCAGCUGCAGUCACAGCACCCGGAGGGAAUGAGGAAGAUUCAACAACUUGAAGCACCAACAGCUAAGAGACCCGAUGAACCCGAACGGGUGUUUGAGAAGCCAAUCUUCACGCAACUUCUCACAGGGCCAGCAGAGCUGUGGGAAGGACAACAUGCACGCUUUGAGGCACGUGUUGUACCCGUUGGGGAUCCAACAAUGCGCUUUGAAUGGUACGUCAAUGGGGUUGAAUUGAAGAUGGGAUCUCGCUUCAGGACAACGCAUGACUUUGGCUUUGUCACGCUGGAUAUUAAUUCCGUUGUUGCUGAGGAUAGUGGUGUGUACAUGUGCCGCGCAAUCAAUGCCGCUGGCGAGGCUGUUUCCUCAACAGCAAUGAAGGUGAAGUCGCGAUCAUCAAUUGCCGGAGAAUCCUUGCUUCCGGAUUCAUGGCAGAAGAUCCAACAGAAGGAAGCUGCCAUGAAUCGUGUUCCGGAUAUGUUUGUUGAUACAACCCCGCAGCAGGCUCCGGUAUUCACGACGCACCUUCAGAGCUACGAUAAGCUCGUUGAGGGUCAACAUGUGCAUCUUGAGGCACAAGUUGAGCCACGAACUGAUCCCAAUUUGCGCAUUGAAUGGUUCAAGAAUGGAGUUUCCCUCACAACGGGAACAAGGCUAAGGAGUACCUUUGACUUUGGCCUUGUUACCCUCGCAAUUAACAGCCUGCGUGAUGAUGAUUCAGCCAUCUACACGUGCCGUGCAACGAAUCUCCUCGGAGAAGCUGUCUCAACGUGCACACUGAAGAUUGAGGAUCGUCAUUGGCUCCUUGCGGAUACAAUGCAUCCUGAUGCAUUGCCGCGUAUUGGGCAAUUGGAAGCUCCACGUCCGGAGAAGCCAGCAGCAGCAGAGCCAACGUAUGAAUCUCCAGUCUUCAUUACGCACCUCAACAAUGUGGAAUGUACUGAGGGUGAUAAUGUUCACUUUGAAUGCAAUGUUGAACCAUCGAGGGAUCCAACAAUGAAGAUUGAAUGGUUUGUCAAUGGGAAGCCCCUCCCAGUGGGAGCACGUUUCAAGACAACUUAUGACUUUGGGUUCAUCGCCCUGGACAUUAGUCACGCCUAUGCUGAGGAUUCUGGCAUUUAUACGUGCAAAGCAACCAAUAGCAAGGGUUCGGCUUCAACAUCAGGAUCACUCAGGUGCACAAGUACAGCAACAAUGUACCUGGAUACGCAGCAUCCACAAGGAAAGGCUGGCUUGGAGGCAGUUAAGGAUGCCGAAGGAGCUGCAGCAGAUCGUGCAGCAAGGAAGCCAGGGAAACCCGAUAAAGUUUACCCAGCACCCGAAUGGGUUAUCCCAACGCAUCCGGAAUUCAAGCUAACAGAAGCCCAACCGUUGCAUCUAGAGGGUCAGGUUGAACCCAAGGAGGAUCCGAAUUUGAAGAUUGAAUGGUACUUCAAUGGGAAAAUCCUGCAGCAUGGAUCACGCUUCAAGAUGACGAGUGACUUUGGUUUUGUCACAUUGGAUCUUAUUGAGGUGUACGAGAGGGAUCAGGGUAUCUACACGUGCAAGGCCUACAACAAUGCCGGUGAGGCCUUCACGUCAACAACGGUUUACUGCACAAGCAAGGAGAGUGUCAUUGAGAAGUCGCAGCAUCCGAAAGGUGAUGAAGGCUUGGAGAAGAUUCAGGAUCUCGAGGAUUCCCUCAGGAGGACGGACGAUAAGAAGGCUGACGCCGAGAUUGGUCAACCGCCGCGCUUUACGUCUGAAUUCACCGACAUCCGGAAUAUCAGUGAAGGGGAAAUUGCCCACUUUGAAGCAUCCCUCGUGCCGACAGGAGAUCAAAGUAUGGUCGUUGAAUGGUUCUACAAUAGUAAGACACUCGAAGCUAGUCACAGAUUCCGGACGGUUUAUGCCUUCGGAAUGGUUGUUCUGGAAGUUCUCGGGACGAAGAUUGAGGAUUCCGGGAAAUAUUCAUGCCGAGCUACGAAUAAAUGGGGACAAGCAGAGAUCAGCGUUAAUCUGGAGUGCGUUGAUAAGUCCCAAGGGCAGAAGCCACGCUUCACGACGCAGAUUCAGAGCCUAGCAGGACUCAAGGAUGGUCAAUCGGCUCACUACGAGUGCACACUUGUCCCCGUUGGAGAUCCCAACAUGAAGGUCGAAUGGUUCCACAACGGUCAACCAAUGCGCCAUUCAAAUCGCAUCAAACCCGUCGCGGACUUUGGCUACGUCCUCCUGGACAUUGCCUACGUCCAGAGUCACGAUUCCGGUGAAUACGUCUGUCGCGCAUCGAAUAAAUACGGCGAAGACUUCACACGGGCCACACUUCAGUGCACCGGAAAGAGUGGCGUCUUCCUGGACAGCCUCCAACCGGAUUCCUUGGCGAAGAUUCGUGAACUGGAAACGGGAAUGUUGCAGCAACCAGCUACACCCACAACACCCACCGGGGAACCACCGAAAUUCGUCACGCAGAUCAAGGAUCUCGCCAGAUUGGUUGAAGGACAGAGUGCGCACUUUGAAGCACGCCUAACUCCCGUCACAGAUCCCGAACUCAAGGUUGAAUGGUUCUACAAUGGCAACAAGCUGCCACAUGGACACAGAUUUAGGACCUUCCAUGACUUUGGCAUUGUUAUCCUGGACAUUUUGUACUGCUACGAAGAGAAUUCCGGAGAAUACGAGUGCAGGGCUACAAAUAAAUACGGAUCAGAUUCAACGAAGGCUUCUCUCAAAUGUCUAUCGAAGGCUAAUCUCAUCCUGGACUCGCAAUUACCGCGGGGCAUGGAAGGAGGACUUGAGAAGAUUCAAACACUGGAAGAUUCCCUCAUUCGUGACACGCAGGAGCGUGUUGAUGAGCAACGUGGCAAGGCACCCGUCUUCACGGUACCCCUUUCGAACAUUGAUAGCUUGCGUGAGGGUGAGAAUGUUCACUUUGAGGCACGCGUGAUCCCCACGGAUGAUCCCAAGUUGCGCAUUGAAUGGUUCUGGAAUGGAAAACCCCUCAAGGCUGGUUCACGCUUCCGCACAUUCUGUGAUUUUGGCUUUGUCAUCUUGGAGAUUUCUCCCGUUUACCCCGAAGAUUCCGGAGAGUACUCAUGUCGUGCUAUUAAUGAUUACGGUGAAGCAGUCACGACGUCCUCAAUGCGUGUCCAGGGCAAACGAAGCAUCAUCCUCGAAUCGCAACUUCCCAAGGGGAUGGAGGGGACAAUUGAUAAGAUUGCCGAGCUCGAGGGAUUGGGGGCGAAUGUGGGGCAAAUGCAGCCAGAUGAUGAGACCGGGAAGCCACCGGAAUUCAUCACAACUCCCGCCGAUCUUACACUUGGGGAGAACUCUCUGGCACACUUUGAAUGCCGCCUCACGCCCAUCACUGACCCGAGCAUGAGGGUUGAGUGGUUCCACAAUGGCAAAGCUCUGUGGGCUGGAUCACGCAUUAAGACCAUCAAUGACUUUGGUUUUGUCAUCUUGGAGAUUGCCGGAUGCUAUCAGCGUGAUUCGGGCUUGUACACGUGCAAAGCGACCAAUAAGCACGGCGAAGCGACUGUUUCGUGCAAACUGCAAGUGCGUGGUCGUCAGGGAAUCAUUAUGGAGCCCCAGUUGCCGUCAAACUUCCGCACAGGCACGGAGAGUAUUCAGAAGUUGGAGGAGAAUCUCUAUAAGCGCGAAGAGAUCAGCGCUGAGGAGGAGGAGCCCAAUCCACCGAGAUUUGUCGUUGAGAUCAAGGAUAACGUGGACAUCCCCGAGGGUGGUCCCGUUCACUUUGAUUGCCGCGUUGAACCAGUUGGGGAUCCAUCGAUGCGCAUUGAAUGGUACCACAAUGGACGUCCACUGGCCACGGGAUCUCGUGUCCACAUGCUAAAUGACUUUGGGUUCAUUGCCCUGGACAUGGAUUAUGCAUACGCCAGGGAUUCCGGAGAGUACGUGUGCCGGGCAACAAAUCGCUGGGGAACAGCCUCAACGGUGGCCAAGGUGACGUGCAAAUCCAAGAAGGACAUCAUCUUCGACAGUCAACUCCCCGAGGGAAUGACGGCGGAGAAGCUGAAGGAGCUGGAACGUGGCCCCGUGACUGUUGCCCCGCAGGAAGAUGCCCCAAUGAAGCCACCAAAGUUCAUCACUCAAAUCCAAUCGCACACCGUGGAUGAGGCUGAAAGCAUUCGAUUUGAGUGCCGUGUUGAGCCGAAGGAAGAUCCAAAGCUGCGCAUUGAAUGGUACAGAAAUGGCAGACCCCUACCCUCAGGGCAUCGCUACAGAACCGUCUACGACAUGGGCUUCGUCUCCCUGGACAUUCUCUACGUCUACCCUGAAGAUUCCGGCGAGUACGUGUGCCGGGCAAUUAAUGAUAUGGGAGAGGAUACAACACGUGCUACAGUUUCGUGCAAAAAACUGCCAACAAUUAUCCUCCAAAAUCAAAUCCCCAAAGGCAUGAAGAAGUCCGAAACUCUCAUGCAAAUGGAAGCAACAAUCAAGAAGUACACCUCGGAGAUCUUCCUCACGGAGGAUGAUCUGUAUGAUCCGGAUAGGAAGCAACCGCCGCGCUUUGUGACGCAAAUUGAGAGUCAAACGAGCCUCGUUGAGAUGCAAAGUACCAAAUUUGAAUGUCAAUUGGCACCAGUUGGGGAUCCCAACAUGAAGGUUGAAUGGUUCUUCAAUGGAAAACCUCUUCCCUACAAAAAUCGUUUUACACCAAUUUACGAUUUUGGUUACGUGGCCAUGAAUUUCGGAUGGAUUUAUCCGGAAGACAGUGGAGAGUACCUCUGCAGAGCAACGAAUUUGUACGGAAUGGAUGAGACACGGGCUAUGAUCAAGACGACCGGUAAGCCGGGAAUUAUCUACGAUUCCCAAUUGCCGAAAGGUAUGAAGAGUAUUGAGCGAAUCAGGGAGAUGGAGGCCUCAUGGCAAGUGGUUCCAGAGGAAGUGGAUGAGGCAAUGAAGCCCAAACAGGCACCAACGUUUGUCAGUAAUCCCGAACCAGUGACCGUGGAGGAAGGUGAAUGGGCGAGAUUCUGUGCGAGAGUAACAGGGCAUCCACGACCACGUGUCAUGUGGCUCAUCAAUGGGCACACCGUUGUCAAUGGAUCACGCUACAAGCUGACCUAUGAUGGAAUGUACCACAUGGACAUUCCAAAGACACGACAAUACGACACAGGGAAGAUUGAGGUGAUUGCUCGCAGCUCUCUGGGUGAAGCAGUUGCAACAACUGAACUCAAAGUUAUUCCACGCAAAGAUGAUUACCGUGGAGUCCUCAAGAAUUCACCAAGACCAUGGUACGACUAUGACCUUGUUCAGUACCAGAAGGAGCGAACGGACACGGAGCUGGAGAAGACUUUCGAGGAGCGAAAGGCACAGAAGGAGCAACAGAGUGGCGUAGAUUUGGGACAAUUCAACAAGCCAAAGGUGUUCAAGGAAGCCGAUACGGAGUGGCAGCAGGCAGUUAAGAGCAAGAAGGGUGAGGACUACUACAACAAACUGCAAGAGCUGGAGAAUGAGCAGGUUGUGAAGGAGUCACGCCUCCGGGAAGCUAGUCAUCAAUUUGCCAUUCCCGGAGAGAAGAUUGUGCAAACAUCAAUGGCCAAAGGGAUGGCGCAGAAGUAUCAGGAUAGUCUCGAAAAGAGCGAAGAGCUCGAUGAGAGAAGCACCGAGACAAGGAAGCUCGUGAAGAGACCACCUGAGCCACAUGAAUCCGCCGUCCAUGGGCGUGAGGUUCACGUGUCGAAGCAGAAACAAACGCAAAAGGAGCAAGUUGGUGAUCUGGAGAUCACGCGAAAGAUCACAGCGACGGAAACAACGGAAAUGGAGCACAAGGGGAAGACACAGGAACGUGUAGUUCAGGGCCCAGUGCAGCCCAGCAAGCCACCAUUCUUCACGAAGAAAAUCCAACCGUGCAGGGUGUUUGAGAAUGAACAGGCACGCUUUGAGGUGGAAUUCGACGGGGAGCCCCUGCCGCAGGUUAAAUGGUUCCGUGAGGACUUCCUCAUUCAGAACUCCCCGGACUUCCAGAUUCACACUUUCAGCACAAAAUCCGUCCUCAUUAUGCGCCAAUGCUUCCUCGAGGAUUCAGCUGUGUUCUCCGUUGUGGCGGAAAAUCGCGGUGGAACAGCCAAAUGCAGCGCAAAUCUCGUUGUUGAGGAACGCAAGCGUCAAGGACGCGGUGGUGUUGUUCCACCGAGUUUCCUGGCCACUGUGCAGGAUAUUCGUGUUGGAAAUGGGCAAUUGGCGCGUUUUGAUGCACGAGUCAGUGGGACGAAGCCAUUGGAUGUUUAUUGGUUGAAGAAUGGCAAGAAAAUCACGACAAACAUCAAAUACAAAGUCCUCGAGGAGGAUAACACCUACACCCUCCUCAUUAUUGAAGCCUACCCCGAGGAUUCGGGCAAAUACGAAUGUGUAGCUGUUAACAAUGCCGGUGAGGCACGUUGUGAUGCCGAAUUGUCCGUCUUGACCCCGGCUAAGCCGCAUGGGGAUAAGCCAACAGUCCCCGGAAUGGAGAAGGCUCCAACACUCGUUGAACCCCUGAAAGAUCAAACAAUCCUCGAGGGACACUCCGUGGUGUUCAAGGCACGCGUUGUGGGGAAACCCAACCCAGUGGCCAAGUGGUUCAAGGGUGAGAGUAUCAUCAAGCAAUCCAAGUACUUCCAGAUGAUCCGUGAAGGGGAAUACUACACACUCCGCAUCUCCGAGGCCUUCCCCGAGGAUGAGGGUGUCUACAAGUGCAUCCUGGGCAAUACAGCCGGUGAAGUGGCCACAAGUGCAACGCUCAGGGUCAUGGCACCCGAACAGCAGGACGCUCUGCCCACACUCACCCCACUCAAGGAUGUUGUCUGCGAAGAGGGCAACCCGGCGCAAUUUCAAACCAAAAUCUCCGGAAAGGCAAAACCAACGGCAGUUCAGUGGUUCCGUGAAGGUGCACUGAUUCCCAUCUCACCGGACUUCCAGAUGAUCCAGGAAGGUAACAAUGCAGUGUUGCUGAUUAAUACAACGUACGAGGAGGAUUCAGGGCGAUUCACGUGCCGCGUGACCACAUCCGCGGGCCAAGUUGAAACAUCCGCAAAUCUUAUCGUGAAAAAACGUCGAGGUCGCUCAUCCCAAUUGACCGUACCUGAUUGGCAGAGGAAGAUGCGCGAUGUACCGCAGAGUCCUCAGCAAUCAGGCUCCACCAAAUCAGGCACACCAGACACUGAUUUGGAUUUCUCCACAACAACGAGUCAAUCGUGUGAAGAUGAAGAAAUAAUUCCACGUGGGGAUGAAUCCCUUCCGUGGCGUCGGAAGCGCAGCCGAAGCCUUCAGCCAACGGAGAAGCACAAGAAGCGCUACACAUCACGUGAUAGAUCACUGUCGCAGCAACGGAUGAUUCAGCGAAUGAUUCAGAAUUAUGCAAAGAAGGAGGAGCAGCAUAAUCCAUGGCUGGAGGAUAUGAAGAAGCUCAAGAAAACGGUUAUAACACCCAAAUUUAUUGAGCAUGAAAAACUCGAAGAAGUUGACUUGAAGCCAUCACAGAUUGAGCAUCAUGAGAUUCAGCAUGAAAAGCUGGAGGAAGUUGAUUUGAAAUCAGUGCAGAAGGCCUAUCAGAAUGCUAGAAUGAUGGAGUUGCAGCAGAGAAAGUCUGAAGAGAUUGAUUUGGGAACUGAAGAGACGACAGAAGAGCAGGAAACUGUUGUGCAGGAAGACACAGCACGGCAGUACAUUCAACAUUCAAAGCAUGAGGAAGAUUCAACAAUUCUCGCAAUGACCAGGAGGGUUGAUGAGAUGGUACUGCGUGAUGCUCUCAAGUACAUCCCGCAGAAACAGAAGCGACUGCACAAGAAGGAAACAGAUGAAGAUGUUUACAGUCAGACUGUGUCGAAUGUUGAGGAUAUAACUCUUCUUAAGCUUGCACAGCACGAAUCAACGCAAAUGGAGUUGCUGUCGAAGGGACAAGAAGGUGUCCCAUGGGCAAGAGGGAUCAGGCAAAUGGAAACACAGCAUAUUGAAGAUAAGGCCAUCCUCCAAGUCGAUGUGAGAGAAACAACAGAAACUCAGAGCACAGCUCAAGAAGUUCCCGUACCAUGGGAGAGAGGACGAAAGAAGCAUCGUGAAGAUCGCACGAUCAUGGACAGGAAAGAAGUCGUAGAAGAAGAGCGCAAAGAAGAGAAGAUCACACACGAAGUUACGGAAGAAGAGCAACCAACUCCAUGGCGUCGUGGGAAAAAGAAGCAACAAGAUGAGCAAGUUGUUGAGGAGAAGGCAUGGCUAAGAGGAAAGAAACCUCAAGAGAAGGAAAAAGUUGAGGAAGUGCAAUUGAAACCCGUUCCAAGGAAACCAACUGAACAAAAACCAAAAGAACAAGAGAAAGUUGAAUUAACUCCAGUUUCAAAAGAAGCACCAGUUGUUCAAGAAAUCAAAGAAGAAGAACAACCAACUCCUUGGCGUCGUGGGAAGAAAGAGAAGCCAGUUGAAGAAAUUGCUGAGGAGAAACAAUGGCCAACAGGCAAGAGAAGGCCAAAAGAAGAAGAAAAAACAGAAGAAGUUCAACUUAAACCAAUUCCAAAGAAAACUCCUGAGGAGAAACCUCAAGAACCUGAAAAGGUUGACCUCACUCAGGCUCCUAAAAAAGCUCCAAUUGUUCAGGAAAUUAAGGAAGAAGAACAACCAACUCCUUGGCGUCGUGGAAAGAAGGAAAAACCCGUUGAGGAGGUAGCUGAAGAGAAACAAUGGCCAAAGGGCAAAAUAAAGCCAAAAGAAGAUGAAAAACCAGAACAAGUUCAACUCAAACCAAUUCCAAGAAAGAAACCUGAGGAGAAACCUCAAGAACCUGAACAAGUUGAAUUAGCUCCAGUUCCUAAGGAAGCUCCAGUUGUGCAGGAAAUUAAGGAAGAGGAACAACCUACACCAUGGCGUCGUGGGAAGAAGGAAAAACCUGCUGAACAAAGUGCUGAAGAGAAGCAAUGGCCGAAAGGCAAAAGGAAACCUAAAGAGGAAGAGAAACCCGAAGAGGUUCAUCUAAAACCAAUUCCAAAGAAAACUCCUGAAGAAAAACUUCAAGAACCUGAGAAAGUUGAGCUUGCACCUGCUCCCAAGGAAAAACCAAUUGUACAGGAAGUCCGAGAAGAAGAACAACCAACUCCAUGGCGUCGUGGCAAGAAGGAAAAACCCGUUGAGGAGGUAGCUGAAGAGAAACAAUGGCCAAAGGGCAAGAGAAAGCCCAAAGAAGAAGAAAAGCCCGAAGAAGUACAACUCAAACCAAUUCCAAGAAAGAAGCCUGAAGAAAAAUUACAAGAACCUGAACAAGUUGAAUUGGCUCCAGUUCCCAAAGAAGCUCCAAUUGUUCAGGAAGUAAAGGAGGAAGAACAACCAACUCCAUGGCGCCGUGGAAAGAAAGAGAAACCAGAACCUGAGGUUGCUGAAGAAAAGCAAUGGCCGAAGGGAAAGAGAAAGCCCAAAGAAGAAGAGAAACCCGAAGAGGUUCAUCUUAAACCCAUUCCGAAGAAGCCUCAGGAAGAUAAACCCCAGGAACUGGAGCAAGUUGAAUUGGCUCCAGUUCCCAAGCAAGCACCAGUUGUUCAAGAAAUUAAGGAAGAGGAACAACCAACUCCUUGGCGUCGUGGGAAGAAGGAAAAACCUGUUGAAGAAGUAGCAGAGGAAAAACAAUGGCCGAAAGGAAAGAGAAGGCCAAAGGAAGAAGAACAACCCGAAGAAGUCCAUUUGAAACCGAUUCCAAAGAAAUCUCCCGAGGAGAAACCAGAAGAGCCUGAAAAAGUUGAGCUUGCUCCUGCUCCAAAAGAAAAGCCAGUUGUUCAGGAAGUAAAGGAAGAAGAACAACCAACUCCUUGGCGUCGUGGAAAGAAAGAAAAGCCCGAACCUGAGGUUGCUGAAGAAAAGCAAUGGCCAAAGGGCAAAAGGAAACCCAAGGAGGAAGAAAAGCCCGAAGAAGUACAACUCAAACCAAUUCCAAGAAAGAAGCCGGAAGAGAAACCUCAAGAACCUGAGGAAGUUGAAUUAGCACGAGUUCCCAAGGAAGUCCCAAUUGUGCAGGAAGUUAAAGAAGAAGAACAGCCCACACCGUGGCGCCGUGGAAAGAAGGAGAAGCCUGAACCUGAGGUUGCUGAAGAGAAGCAAUGGCCUAAAGGAAAGCGAAGGCCAAAAGAAGAAGAAAAACCAGAAGAAGUUAAACUCAAACCAAUUCCCAAGAAAGCCCCAGAAGAGAAGCCGGAAGAACCAGAGAAAGUUGAAUUGGCACCCGUUCCACGUGAUAUUGUUGAAGAGGAACAACCAGAAGAGCCUGAAGAGAUUCCCGAAGACAUAUCUUCUGAGGAAGAAACAAUGGAUACAGAUGAAGUUAAAAUAAGGAAGCGUCGUGCAAAGAAGAAGAAGUUGAAGCACCGUGCAACGGAAUCAGUUGAAUCUGAAGAUAGUUUUGAUUUACAACCCGCUGAAGUUGCUGAACCACGUAUUGUUGAAGAUGCAGCAACGGAAGAAGCUAAAGUGGAAGAGAUUGCUGUCCAUGAGACAACACCCGAUCUGGUACGUACAACCAGGAAGAAGAAGAAAACCAAACAUGUGGCAUUCAAGGAGGAACUUGAGAUAGCCCGUGUUGAAGCUGAGGAGGAAGAAGUGCAAGAAGACGUUGAAGAUGUCGUUACAACGGAAACGAAUAUUAGACUGAAACCAACACUACCUAAGGCGUUGGAAAGUAUUCCUGUAGAGAGCGAAGAGGAAGCUAUAGAAUUCAAGAAAGAAAUCGACAUGAAAAUCACCUCGAGUAUUGAGAAGAAGGAGAAGCGCCGAAUGAUCAUUGAUGAUAGUCAACCAUUCCCUGAAUUGGAACUCAUUACGCAGAAGCGUGUUGUUGAUGAGAAGAAGGAAGAGAGUGUUGAAGAAGAAGAAGAGGAGGUAACAAUAAAGGAGGAAAUUGUUGAAGAGGCCAAGGUGCCUAAACCAAAGGUGAAGCCUCCACGGUUUACGAGGAAACUUCAACCGAAGACUUGUAAGCCUGAUGAGGGGCUUGUACUGAAGUGCAAUGUUGAGGGUACACCAUUCCCUACCAUUAAAUGGUUCUUCAACGACACCGAACUCUUUGCUUCUGAGAACUACGUUAUGACCGUUGUUGAGACAACGGCCAUCCUGGAGAUCGUCAAAGUCACCCCGCAGGUUGUUGGCGUCUACACGUGUGAGGCUAAGAAUCAAGCUGGUGUGGCCAUUACGAGAACAAACAUUGCUUUAGAAAAAACAGAAGAUGACGGAAUAGCUCCUCUUUUUGUAUCACCUGUUACAAUCUCAAUGGCACCGGAUAAGUCUCGUGCAACCAUUUCAUGCUACGUCUCUGGCAAACCAAUGCCACAGGUUAAAUGGUACAGAGAAAAUGUCGAAAUUACCCCAUCGGAGGCUUUACAAAUGUUCUAUGACGAUCAAACGGGCUACAUUGCUUUGGAGGUACAAAGUCCCCACAUGGGGGAUGUUACAGUGUACACUGUUGUUGCGGAGAAUGUUUACGGGAAAGCUGUGGGGAAAGCAACAAUGGUUCUCAGUGAAGACACAAGAAAACCCCGUGAGAAGCUAAUUGCUCCAGAAAUUCUAACACCCCUAUCACCAAAGAUUGUAAAAUCUGGGUCAAAAGUAAUUCUGAGUGUAAAGUUUGAUGGCACACCAACUCCAACAAUUAGUUGGUUGAGAAAUGGAAAACCCCUGGAGGAUGAUGCGGUUGUGAAGAUUGUCACAGAGGGUAAGCAAUCAACGAUAACAGUUAAGGAUGCUGAAAGGAAGAAAGUUGGGAAGUUCGAAGUGAUUGCUGUUAAUAAAGUCGGUGAAGCCAGAUCAGCGGCAUCUGUUGUUGUGUCUGAUGUGAAGGAUAGUCCGGACAUUAAAGCUCCACGAUUCGUUCAACCGCUCGUACCGAAAGUUGUGCGUGAGGGUGAUGUUGUUAUCCUGGAGGCAGUUGUUGAUUCAAAACCCCUCUCAUCAUUCCAGUGGUUCAUUAACUUGCAACCUGUUGUCGUUUCGCGUGAUCUACGCGUUGUUACGCACGACAACAAAUCAAUUGUGAUCCUCAGAUCAUUCAAGAAGCACAAUGUCGGCUCCUACAUGUGCCGUGCUGAGAAUGUUGGGGGAUCCGUAACAUCAACAGCCAGCGUGAAGAUGCGCGAUGCUGCUGAAAUUGAGGAUGUUGUUGAGUACCUCAGUCCACGCUACAGCGAAAAGCUCCCACUGAAGGUGGACCUAAUGGAUGGGGAGACAAUUGAGCUGAAAUGCCGCGUUGAAGGGAAGCCCACGCCGCGCAUCGAAUGGUAUCACAAUGAUACUGUUGUUGAAGAUGCGAAGAACAUCACAGUUUCUCAGGAUAAUACCGGUAAUUGCAUUCUCACAAUCACCGAAGUAUUCCCCGAGGAUGCUGGAGAGUACAUUUGCCAUGCAAUUAAUGAGGUUGGAGAAGCAACAACGAAGGCAUUUGUGUCCGUUGAAGCUUUCGAAUAUCAACAAGAUUCAGAGAUAACAUCAGUUACAUCAGUGGAAGAACCAUCUGAUAAGACCAUCUCUGUGGAUGAACCAGUAGACACGGAGACCGAAAUGGCUCCACAACUACUGAAGAAACUACCAAUUGUAACGAAGACCGUGAGUAAGCCAACAAAGCUGGAGGUGAGGGUUGUUGGACGACCUAAGCCGGAAGUUAAGUGGUUCAAGCAGGGCGAAGAAAUUCACGCAUCGGAGGAAUUUCAAAUUGAAAACCUCGAAGAUGGCACCUCCAUUCUCAUCAUCAACGACAUUUAUCCCGAUGAUACGGGUGAAAUAACAUUCCAAGCCCACAACCCAUUGGGAGUCACAACAACUACAACCCUUCUUGAAGUUACAGAAGAAAUUGUUGGUACGAAAGAAUACAGAAAACCCGACUGGGUGGUUCAUAUGGAAGAAAUGCAGGAAGCACUUCGUGAAACAUCUGAAGUCACCGAAUCAUUUGUGCAUGAAGAAAAACAGGAAGUUGUGAGGAAGAAGAAAAAGCAAGUUAAGAAGGAAGAAACAUUGGAAGUUUCUGAGGAACUCGCGAAACGCAUUGAGAAGAAAUUGAAACCACUCAAAUCGCAAAUGAGCGAGGAAUCCUUCCCCGAUGAGUAUGCUGAGGAAUUUGAUGUUCCUGCACCGAAAUCCAUUCAGGAAUUACCACUUCAGAUGCCAGUUGAUUCAGCUGAAAUUGUUGAGCAAUCAAAUGUAACGAAUAUUGCCCCUGGGAAGCCAAAAGAUCAAGUUGCUUCCAUUAAUAUUCUCCCACAGACUUCCCUGAUUACAGAGGAAGCUGUUGUUACGGAACAGGAGACACCUUCGAAGAAACUCGAUGUAUCUGGGAAGUUAAGACAACCAACUGUUAACCUCCCAGAUCUCCUAGAGUCCAUUCAAAUUACCCAAGUUGAUGCUGAAACUAAUACAGAUAAAAUGCGGACUCCAAGUCCUGUUGAAGGUGUCACAUCGCGAACAGAUAUCAUGACUCAUCAGACAGCUCAAGUCAUGGAGUAUGCUGCACAUGAUAGUGUAGCAGAUUUGACGACUCCAAAGCCACAGGAAACCGAAGCUAAGGUUCAACUUUUGCCGCAUGAUGUGAUUGAAGUGUCCGAAGUUGAGAGCCAUCAGCAAGAGGAUGAAUUGCAAGACAAACCUCAGGCACCAACAGCUCUAGCCACUGAGAAUAUAAUAUCUCAUGAAGGAAUUCAAGUUACGGAGAGUAGUACAGCGGAAAAGGAAGAUUUAACAUCAUUCCAUUUGCACACAACACCAGUUCAAGCACGCCUUGAAAUUCCCUCAUCGGAACCACUUGAAGUUACAGAAGUCAUGACCCAUGAUAAGUCUCAGAAGUACUACCCUGAAUUAAUUGUAGCCACUGAAAGUGCUACAGAGCGGUAUGUUGAGCAGAAACCUUACAUUACGCAGGAAGUUAAUGCAACAGAACUAGAAGGAGUCUACGUACCUGGUGUUUUACCAGCAACACAGACUGUUGAUGUAGUCCUGCCUACGAGUGAAACUGUAACAAUUCAGGAAGAAAUGAUCCAAGAAAAAGAAACGGUUUUCGAAGAGAAACCCAAACCUACAGCAUCCGAAGCAACAGGUACAAUUAUUCCAAUGGAAGGAUAUGUUACAGAGUACGUUGAUGCCCAGAUGCCACAGCAAGAGUACACGAGCUUUGAGUAUGAAACAAAGACUGCUGAUAUGACCUUUGAUAGGCAAGAUGCAUUAGCAAGCAUAGAAGUUGUAGCAGAUGAACGAGAAGAUGUUCUACCAGCAAUGGAAGCAGCAAAAACUCACACAGCUACAUCGGAUGUUACGACAUAUCAUACAGCUGAAACAAAUCUUCCAGAUGUGAAUGAGAAAGAGUCAGAUUUGGAAGAUUUCAGAGCACCCCAAGAGGUUAAUCUUAGCGCUGAAGUACCUACAAAUGAAGCUGUUCAAUUUGAAGAAGUAAACGUGAAUGACACGACAAAUGUCUUCAAUCCCCAAACAUUAUUCCAAAGUGCUCAGGCAGUACUGCGGAUGGAGCCGCAGUUCCCAAAAGAAAUUCUCGAUGUUAUUGUUCAGGAUAAGGAAGAUAGUUUGAAGAUGGAGAAGAAGCCUGAAGAACUAACGGCAAAAUAUGACUACAAUGCUCAGAAAUCUCUUAUUGUUUCAACGGUUACACUGGAGGAGUCAGAAGGUGUUCUACCAAGUCCAAAACCGACUGAGAGCUUUACAGCUGAACAGACACUCCCAGAAACUAAAGCAUCAGUUAAUAUAACAGAAACACAACUACUCGACAAUACGGAUACAUUAGCAGACUUACAGCCACAGCAGUUAACUGCAAAGGUGAAGACUGAUGAUUUAGAUCAGACUCAAGUUCAAGAGAUCAUUACACUGGAAAGUGUUGAUUUAUACGACGAAAAGGCUAUGCCUGAGCUAAAAGAAGCACAGCCCGUACUUGAGGACACUCAUGAUUCAAUUCAGAGCACAGAAGUUGUUCCAACAGAUACACUCUCAACAUUAGAUGAUAUCAAACAUCCUGAACACUAUGGAACACCCAACAUAACAGAUGCAAAUAAAACAGCAAUUCAGGAAGAAAUACUAACAGUUGAAGAUACUGAAGAUUUCAAGAAGACACUUGAACAAGAAGUAUCAGCAACACUUACACAUCCAACAGUUGAUAGCCUCCAAAUUCAGGAAACUGUUGUCUCAGAAACAACAUCAGAUGCAAAAGAAUUUGCAAAACCAGAAGAAAAGACUUCAAUUCAAACUUUUGAAUCACUUGCAUUACCAACUCAGACUGAAAUUCUUCCAACGGACACUGUUGAUACACUAACACUUCCAGAGAAAGAAAAGACACAACAGGUAACAGGUAGCAUUAGAGAAUACGAAUCAUUGCAACAAGAUCAACCUUGGAUUGAUGAACAAACAGAUGAAUUUACUAAACCUCUCGAGAAACAAGAACAAAUUGCUACAUUUAAUGUUCUGGAGAACAUUGCUCUCACGCAAACACACACAAAGACUGAAGAAACAACAUCAGACAUACAAGCCACACCUGAGUUAGACACAAAGACAGCUCAAUUAACAACCGACGAUUUGGCUGCAGUUUCUCAGUCGGAAGUUGUAACUGGAGACACAGUACAAGAUUUCGAAGCUCCCUCCGAUACAGUGUCUCAUCAAGCUACAAUUCAAACAUCGGAUCUCCCUGUAGCACAACAAUCUGAGACAAUUGCUGAAGACCAAUUAGGUCCUUCGGUAGCACAGCCAGAUUUUGUAGAUCACAAAGCUGAAAUGGCAACAACGGAAUUCACAGCUGUUGAACAGAGUGAAGUUCAAGCAACAGAUUCUCUCGGUGAUCUCCAAUUACCUGAGAAAACUAAGCAGCAUCAAGCAAAUGUGGAGCUUGAUGAAUUACGUGUUAUUAGCCAAAGUCAAGUAUCUCCCGAAGAAUCAGUUUCUGAUUUGCAGAAAACUGCAGAAGCAGAAACAAAAACUGCUCAAUUAACAACAGAUGAACUAGCAGCUGUUUCUCAAUCAGAAAUAAUUAUCAGUGAUUCAACUAAAGACUUUGAAGCUCCAACUGAAAUUCCAUCGCAAGUAGCUUCAGUUCAAACGUCAGAUCUUCCUGUAGCUCAACAAACUGAAACACAGCCCGAAGAUUUAUUGGGACCAAGUGUUAUUCAACAAGAUGUUAUUGAUCAUAGAGCUGAAUUUACAACAACUGAAUACUCAGCACUUGAGCAGACUGAAGUUCAGAUUUCUGAUACUCUCGAUAGUUUGAGUUUGCCGGAGAAAAUGAAAGAAUUACAGGCUAAUGUUCAAUUAGACGAGCUAUCAGUUAUUACACAGAGUCAGGUAACUUCGGAAGAAACAGUUGAUGAAUUGAAAAAAGCCCCAGAGGCUGAAGGAAAAACUGCACAACUGUCCACAGAUGAACUCGCAGCUGUUUCUCAAUCAGAAGUUAUUGUUGGUGAUUCAUUGCAAGACUUUGAAUCUCCAACAGACAUUAAAUCUCAAACUGCAACUGUGCAAACAUCUGAACUACCUGUGGCUCAGCAAACAGAGACAAUUUUCGAAGAUCAACUUGGUCCAUCGAUUACUAAGCCUGAUCUUAUUGAGCACAGAGCUGAAUUGACUACAAGUGAACAUUUAGCCGUUGAACAAAGUGAAGUUCAAACAUCAGAUACAAUUGAUCAACUGAAGAUACUCGAAGAAAUAAAAUCACAAGCAAAUGUUACGCUAGAGGAGCUUUCAAUUAUACAACAAUCGGAAAUUUCCACUCAAGAAUCCGUUUCAGAUCUCAAGGAAACCCCCGAAGUUGAGGGAAAGACUGCUGAAUUGAAAACAGAUGAACUUACAGCUGUUUCACAAUCUGAAAUCGUUCCAGGAGAUUCUCUCAAAGACUUUGAAGCUCCAUCAGAUGUUAAAUCUCAAAUUGCUUCAGUUGAUAUGACUAAUCUUCCUGUAGCUCAACAGACUGAAAUCAUUUCUGAAGAUCAACUUGGUCCUGAAUUUAAACAACCAGAUAUUGUUGAUCAGAGAGCUGAUCUAACAACAGAUGAACUAAGAGCUGUUGUACAGAGUGAAGUUGAAACUUCCGAUAAUGUAGAUAUUUUGAAAAUUCCCGAAGAAAUAAAAGAAUCUCAAGCAAAUAUUGGCUUAGAAGAACUCUCAAUUAUAUCUCAAAUGCAAAUAUCCCCUGAAGAAUCUAUUGGUGAUUUGAAAAAGACCCCCGAAGUUGAAGAAAAAACAGCUCAAAUAACUACAGAUGAACUUACAGCUGUAUCGCAAUUAGAGGUUGUAUCAACGGACACUGUUGGUGAUUUUGAAGCUCUAACAGAUACAAAAUCUCAUCAAGCUACAAUUGAAACAAGUGAUCUUCCUGUAGCUGAACAAUUUGAAACUGUUGCAGAAGAUCAAUUAGCUCCAUCUGAGUACUCACUGAAUAUUAUUGAUCAGAAAGCCGAAUUAACUGCAACAGAAUACUCACCACUUAUGCAGACUGAAGUCCUCGUUUCUCAAACUGUUGAUGAGUUGAAGAGACCCGAGGAGGUGAAGAAUGCGCAGGCAAAUGUGGAUGUAGAAGAUUUCCCAGUUGUUUCACAAAUGCAAAUUUCCUCCGAAGAAUCCCUGUCUGAGCUAAAGAAAGCUCCAGAUGCUGAAGGUAAGACAGCUCAGCUAACAACUGAUGAAUUGGCAGCUGUGUUGCAAUCGGAAAUUAUUGUUGGAGACACAACGAAAGACUUUGAAGCUCCAUCCGAUGAUAAGAGACAAACUGCAACAGUUGAAACAUCUGAACUUCCUGUUGCUCAGCAAACUGAGACGAUGCCUGAAGAUUAUCUGGGUCCUUCUGUUGCAAAGCCUGAUGUUGUUGAUCAUACAGCUAACGUUGCGACAACUGAGCACGCAGCAGUUCAGCAGAGUGAAGUUGAAGUCGAUGAUACGUACAUUCCAUUCAGUAGAAUGCCUGAAAUUAAAGAAUCCUACAUUAGCGUUAGCAUCGAUGAAUUCCAAGCUGUGUCGCAAUUUAAGGUUGACGAAGAGAACUACGUGUCAGACUUGGUUAGUGCAGACGUUCCUUCGGAGACUUUUGCAAAAAUAUCUCCAAUUGAGCAUGUUUCAGUGGAGCAAAUGGAUGUUAGUGCCGAGGAAGACGUUAGAGAUUUGAAAAUUGAGGAUUUGAAGAAGGUAUCAAAGAUUGGCUUAGCUGACACUGAGGCAGCAUUGCCGGUACAAAUGGAUGUUGUUGUGCAGGAGACAGCAAAGACAUUUGAUGGUACAUUCGUACCAGAUGGCCAUACAGCAAAAGAAAUCUUAGAUGGUUCCACUGUGGCUGAACAAAUGGAGGUACAGCCUGAUGAGUACGUUACAUUUGAAUCAAAGAUCGUUGAUGCGAUUGCUCAGAAACCCAAACAGAGUAUUGAAUCAGCUGGAAAAGUCCCCGAAUCGCAUGAAGUCAUUGCAAAUGAAUUGGAAGAAGAACUAAAAUUGUCGCUUUUAACAGAAAAGGCAUCACAUUCAGUUCAAGAACAAUUCGCAUCCCCCAAGAUAACCGAACUGGAAUCCCUCAUCAAGCACACAGACGACGUGACCCACAAGGUUGCGGAGGACACUAUUACAACAGAGGUCGAAGAACACGAAGAGAUUACAACGAUUGAAAGUCAACGCAUAGAACAUCCAAAAGAUCAGACAGAAGAUAUGCCAGAAGUCAACCAGGAAAAACAACCAGAAGCACAAGGAAAGAAAACACCAAAGAAACGGAGGAAGACUAUAGAACAAACAGUUGAACAACACGAACCAGAUGACACACAAGACAAACCAAAAGAAAUUGAAACCACAGAAAUUAUAGAAGAAACUGUAAUAGAAACAGACAAAGAGGGCUCAAGGAGGAAAAAGAAGAUAAUUAAGAAAACAAAGAAAGGUGGAAUAGUCGAAAUUACAGAAAAGAUCUCAGAAGAAUUCCCUCAGAUUGAAGACGUAACAGAAGAAGCACCCACUGAAGAAACUGUGAAAAUUGAAACCACAGAAGAAAUUGUUGAAGACGUUGAUCAGCCAGGUAUCAAGAAGAAGAAGAAGAUCAUCAAAAAGACAAAGAAGGGUGGCGUCAUAGAAGUAACGGAAGAUAUUUCUGAAGAAUUCCCGCAAAUUCAAGAAGUUAUCGAAGAAACACCUGAAGAGACAAUUAAAGUUGAAACCACUGAAGAAAUUGUUGAAGAUGUUGAACAGCCAGGUCUCAAGAAAAAGAAGAAGAUCAUUAAGAAAACAAAGAAGGGUGGAGUAGUCGAAAUUACAGAAAAGAUCUCAGAAGAAUUCCCUCAGAUUGAAGACGUAACAGAAGAAGCACCCACUGAAGAAACUGUGAAAAUUGAAACCACAGAAGAAAUUGUUGAAGACGUUGAUCAGCCAGGUAUCAAGAAGAAGAAGAAGAUCAUCAAAAAGACAAAGAAGGGUGGCGUCAUAGAAGUAACGGAAGAUAUUUCUGAAGAAUUCCCGCAAAUUCAAGAAGUUAUCGAAGAAACACCUGAAGAGACAAUUAAAGUUGAAACCACUGAAGAAAUUGUUGAAGAUGUUGAACAGCCAGGUCUCAAGAAAAAGAAGAAGAUCAUUAAGAAGACAAAGAAGGGUGGAGUAGUCGAAAUUACAGAAAAGAUCUCAGAAGAAUUCCCUCAGAUUGAAGACGUAACAGAAGAAGCACCCACUGAAGAAACUGUGAAAAUUGAAACCACAGAAGAAAUUGUUGAAGACGUUGAUCAGCCAGGUAUCAAGAAGAAGAAGAAGAUCAUCAAAAAGACAAAGAAGGGUGGCGUCAUAGAAGUAACGGAAGAUAUUUCUGAAGAAUUCCCGCAAAUUCAAGAAGUUAUCGAAGAAACACCUGAAGAGACAAUUAAAGUUGAAACCACUGAAGAAAUUGUUGAAGAUGUUGAACAGCCAGGUCUCAAGAAAAAGAAGAAGAUCAUUAAGAAAACAAAGAAGGGUGGAGUAGUCGAAAUUACAGAAAAGAUCUCAGAAGAAUUCCCUCAGAUUGAAGACGUAACAGAAGAAGCACCCACUGAAGAUACUGUGAAAAUUGAAACCACAGAAGAAAUUGUUGAAGACGUUGAUCAGCCAGGUAUCAAGAAGAAGAAGAAGAUCAUCAAAAAGACAAAGAAGGGUGGCGUCAUAGAAGUAACGGAAGAUAUUUCUGAAGAAUUCCCGCAAAUUCAAGAAGUUAUCGAAGAAACACCUGAAGAGACAAUUAAAGUUGAAACCACUGAAGAAAUUGUUGAAGAUGUUGAACAGCCAGGUCUCAAGAAAAAGAAGAAGAUCAUUAAGAAAACAAAGAAGGGUGGAGUAGUCGAAAUUACAGAAAAGAUCUCAGAAGAAUUCCCUCAGAUUGAAGACGUAACAGAAGAAGCACCCACUGAAGAAACUGUGAAAAUUGAAACCACAGAAGAAAUUGUUGAAGACGUUGAUCAGCCAGGUAUCAAGAAGAAGAAGAAGAUCAUCAAAAAGACAAAGAAGGGUGGCGUCAUAGAAGUAACGGAAGAUAUUUCUGAAGAAUUCCCGCAAAUUCAAGAAGUUAUCGAAGAAACACCUGAAGAGACAAUUAAAGUUGAAACCACUGAAGAAAUUGUUGAAGAUGUUGAACAGCCAGGUCUCAAGAAAAAGAAGAAGAUCAUUAAGAAAACAAAGAAGGGUGGAGUAGUCGAAAUUACAGAAAAGAUCUCAGAAGAAUUCCCUCAGAUUGAAGACGUAACAGAAGAAGCACCCACUGAAGAAACUGUGAAAAUUGAAACCACAGAAGAAAUUGUUGAAGACGUUGAUCAGCCAGGUAUCAAGAAGAAGAAGAAGAUCAUCAAAAAGUCAAAGAAGGGUGGCGUCAUAGAAGUAACGGAAGAUAUUUCUGAAGAAUUCCCGCAAAUUCAAGAAGUUAUCGAAGAAACACCUGAAGAGACAAUUAAAGUUGAAACCACUGAAGAAAUUGUUGAAGAUGUUGAACAGCCAGGUCUCAAGAAAAAGAAGAAGAUCAUUAAGAAGACAAAGAAGGGUGGAGUAGUCGAAAUUACAGAAAAGAUCUCAGAAGAAUUCCCUCAGAUUGAAGAUGUAACAGAAGAAGCACCCACUGAAGAAACUGUGAAAAUUGAAACCACAGAAGAAAUUGUUGAAGACGUUGAUCAGCCAGGUAUCAAGAAGAAGAAGAAGAUCAUCAAAAAGACAAAGAAGGGUGGCGUCAUAGAAGUAACGGAAGAUAUUUCUGAAGAAUUCCCGCAAAUUCAAGAAGUUAUCGAAGAAACACCUGAAGAGACAAUUAAAGUUGAAACCACUGAAGAAAUUGUUGAAGAUGUUGAACAGCCAGGUCUCAAGAAAAAGAAGAAGAUCAUUAAGAAAACAAAGAAGGGUGGAGUAGUCGAAAUUACAGAAAAGAUCUCAGAAGAAUUCCCUCAGAUUGAAGACGUAACAGAAGAAGCACCCACUGAAGAAACUGUGAAAAUUGAAACCACAGAAGAAAUUGUUGAAGACGUUGAUCAGCCAGGUAUCAAGAAGAAGAAGAAGAUCAUCAAAAAGACAAAGAAGGGUGGCGUCAUAGAAGUAACGGAAGAUAUUUCUGAAGAAUUCCCGCAAAUUCAAGAAGUUAUCGAAGAAACACCUGAAGAGACAAUUAAAGUUGAAACCACUGAAGAAAUUGUUGAAGAUGUUGAACAGCCAGGUCUCAAGAAAAAGAAGAAGAUCAUUAAGAAGACAAAGAAGGGUGGAGUAGUCGAAAUUACAGAAAAGAUCUCAGAAGAAUUCCCUCAGAUUGAAGAUGUAACAGAAGAAGCACCCACUGAAGAAACUGUGAAAAUUGAAACCACAGAAGAAAUUGUUGAAGACGUUGAUCAGCCAGGUAUCAAGAAGAAGAAGAAGAUCAUCAAAAAGACAAAGAAGGGUGGCGUCAUAGAAGUAACGGAAGAUAUUUCUGAAGAAUUCCCGCAAAUUCAAGAAGUUAUCGAAGAAACACCUGAAGAGACAAUUAAAGUUGAAACCACUGAAGAAAUUGUUGAAGAUGUUGAACAGCCAGGUCUCAAGAAAAAGAAGAAGAUCAUUAAGAAAACAAAGAAGGGUGGAGUAGUCGAAAUUACAGAAAAGAUCUCAGAAGAAUUCCCUCAGAUUGAAGACGUAACAGAAGAAGCACCCACUGAAGAAACUGUGAAAAUUGAAACCACAGAAGAAAUUGUUGAAGACGUUGAUCAGCCAGGUAUCAAGAAGAAGAAGAAGAUCAUCAAAAAGACAAAGAAGGGUGGCGUCAUAGAAGUAACGGAAGAUAUUUCUGAAGAAUUCCCGCAAAUUCAAGAAGUUAUCGAAGAAACACCUGAAGAGACAAUUAAAGUUGAAACCACUGAAGUAAUUGUUGAAGAUGUUGAACAGCCAGGUCUCAAGAAAAAGAAGAAGAUCAUUAAGAAAACAAAGAAGGGUGGAGUAGUCGAAAUUACAGAAAAGAUCUCAGAAGAAUUCCCUCAGAUUGAAGACGUAACAGAAGAAGCACCCACUGAAGAAACUGUGAAAAUUGAAACCACAGAAGAAAUUGUUGAAGACGUUGAUCAGCCAGGUAUCAAGAAGAAGAAGAAGAUCAUCAAAAAGACAAAGAAGGGUGGCGUCAUAGAAGUAACGGAAGAUAUUUCUGAAGAAUUCCCGCAAAUUCAAGAAGUUAUCGAAGAAACACCUGAAGAGACAAUUAAAGUUGAAACCACUGAAGAAAUUGUUGAAGAUGUUGAACAGCCAGGUCUCAAGAAAAAGAAGAAGAUCAUUAAGAAAACAAAGAAGGGUGGAGUAGUCGAAAUUACAGAAAAGAUCUCAGAAGAAUUCCCUCAGAUUGAAGACGUAACAGAAGAAGCACCCACUGAAGAAACUGUGAAAAUUGAAACCACAGAAGAAAUUGUUGAAGACGUUGAUCAGCCAGGUAUCAAGAAGAAGAAGAAGAUCAUCAAAAAGACAAAGAAGGGUGGCGUCAUAGAAGUAACGGAAGAUAUUUCUGAAGAAUUCCCGCAAAUUCAAGAAGUUAUCGAAGAAACACCUGAAGAGACAAUUAAAGUUGAAACCACUGAAGUAAUUGUUGAAGAUGUUGAACAGCCAGGUCUCAAGAAAAAGAAGAAGAUCAUUAAGAAAACAAAGAAGGGUGGAGUAGUCGAAAUUACAGAAAAGAUCUCAGAAGAAUUCCCUCAGAUUGAAGACGUAACAGAAGAAGCACCCACUGAAGAAACUGUGAAAAUUGAAACCACAGAAGAAAUUGUUGAAGACGUUGAUCAGCCAGGUAUCAAGAAGAAGAAGAAGAUCAUCAAAAAGACAAAGAAGGGUGGCGUCAUAGAAGUAACGGAAGAUAUUUCUGAAGAAUUCCCGCAAAUUCAAGAAGUUAUCGAAGAAACACCUGAAGAGACAAUUAAAGUUGAAACCACUGAAGUAAUUGUUGAAGAUGUUGAACAGCCAGGUCUCAAGAAAAAGAAGAAGAUCAUUAAGAAGACAAAGAAGGGUGGAGUAGUCGAAAUUACAGAAAAGAUCUCAGAAGAAUUCCCUCAGAUUGAAGAUGUAACAGAAGAAGCACCCACUGAAGAAACUGUGAAAAUUGAAACCACAGAAGAAAUUGUUGAAGACGUUGAUCAGCCAGGUAUCAAGAAGAAGAAGAAGAUCAUCAAAAAGACAAAGAAGGGUGGCGUCAUAGAAGUAACGGAAGAUAUUUCUGAAGAAUUCCCGCAAAUUCAAGAAGUUAUCGAAGAAACACCUGAAGAGACAAUUAAAGUUGAAACCACUGAAGAAAUUGUUGAAGAUGUUGAACAGCCAGGUCUCAAGAAAAAGAAAAAGAUCAUUAAGAAAACAAAGAAGGGUGGAGUAAUCGAAAUUACAGAAAAGAUCUCAGAAGAAUUCCCUCAGAUUGAAGACGUAACAGAAGAAGCACCCACUGAAGAAACUGUGAAAAUUGAAACCACAGAAGAAAUUGUUGAAGACGUUGAUCAGCCAGGUAUCAAGAAGAAGAAGAAGAUCAUCAAAAAGACAAAGAAGGGUGGCGUCAUAGAAGUAACGGAAGAUAUUUCUGAAGAAUUCCCGCAAAUUCAAGAAGUUAUCGAAGAAACACCUGAAGAGACAAUUAAAGUUGAAACCACUGAAGAAAUUGUUGAAGAUGUUGAACAGCCAGGUCUCAAGAAAAAGAAGAAGAUCAUUAAGAAAACAAAGAAGGGUGGAGUAGUCGAAAUUACAGAAAAGAUCUCAGAAGAAUUCCCUCAGAUUGGAGAUGUAACAGAAGAAGCACCCACUGAAGAAACUGUGAAAAUUGAAACCACAGAAGAAAUUGUCGAAGAUGUUGAACAACCAGGCAUUAAAAAGAAAAAGAAAAUCAUCAAGAAGACAAAGAAGGGUGGCGUUGUAGAAGUCACAGAAUCUGUAACUGAUGUUAGAUCUGACAAAGAGGAAAUUCCAGAGCUUUUCGUACCUAUGUUAGCAAAACCGAGUGAGGAUGAAGUUGUCGUUAUUGAGAAAAUGAUUGAAUUAGAAUUGCUUAAGAAAGCUCUAAAGCCUGAAGAUGAGACACAAGAAGACACCAAAGAUAAACCAAAGAAAAAGAAGGUUGUUAAAAAGAUUGUGAAGAAGGAACAAACUCCGGAAGAAACAUCUGAAACACCUAAAACCAGUGAUAUUUCAAAAGAAGAAGAAAUUCCAGAAGAUGAAGAAGUUCCCCAAAUAUCGGAAGUCAGUCCCAAAGAAACUCCAGAAGAAACAGAAAAGCCAAAGAAAAAGAAGAAAGUAAUAAAGAAAACUCCUCAGGAGGAUAAACAAGUUGAAGAGAAACCUGUUGAAGAAACUGAGAUUUUGGAAGAGACUCAACCUGAAUUGGAGGAGCAACCAGAAGAUGUUGAAGGUGAAGUACCAGAAGAAGGGCCAAAAGAUGUAGGCAAGAAACCAAAGAAAAAGAAGGUGGUGAAGAAAACAAAGAAAGAUGAUGAAAUGGACCUCAUUCAACAGAUGAUUGAAGCAGAAAUUCCAAAAACAGAACUCGAGACGUACGAAAAGUUCGAGGAUGAGCAGAAAGAAGAUCAGAUACCCCAAGUUGAGGAAAAAGGAAAGCCCAAACCAAUGAAGAUCGAGAGAAAAGAAAUGAAACCUAAAAAAGCAGAAAUUGUCGAUGUUGCAGAUCUUCCUCAGAAACUUAAACUCAAAAAGCCUAAGAUAAUUGAAAAGAAAACCGAUGAAGAAGUCAGUUUUCUUAAAACCAAAUUGAAGAGUAAAAUUACUCAUAUUGAAUAUCCCCCAGAAAUAUCUAAAAUAGUAAUAUUCGACAUGAAUACUAUUCGCGAUGUUGGGAUUCUUUCACGAAAUAUGGAAGAAGCUGAGAAGUUGCCAAAGAAGAAGAAAAUCAAGAAGUUCAAGCUCCCAGAAGAGCCAAAAGAUGAUUUGGAGAGAUCUCAGUUAGAGAAAUAUGAAAAAUACGAAAGUAGCUCUGAUGAAGCUCCAGAGACUGAAGGCUAUAAAAGACCAAAGAAAGAAAAGAAGGAAGAAACUCCUGAAGAAAAAACACUCAAACUGGGUAAAGGCAAAAAGAAGCCUCAAGAGGAAGAAAUUCCUGAAGAAGUGAAGCUCAAAGGAAUUCCCGAAAAGAAACCAACUGAAGAAGUUGAAGAAGAAAAGAAACCCAAAAAGAAGGAGCCUAAGGAAGAGAAGCCUUCAAAGAAAAAGAAACCAAAAGAUGAUUCUAAAUUACCAGCUCCUCUUGAAUUUGAUUUUGAACCUACAGAAAUUCCGCCUUAUGAACCAGAAGAACCAGAACACGAAGAACACGUACCAGAAGAAACGCCCGAAGAGAAACCAAAGCACAAACGCAAGAAGAAAACUGAACCACAACCUGAAACUGUUGAAAUUCCACUCGUGAAGGGCAAACCAAAGAAACCCGAAGACAUUCCUGAAGAGGAGAUCAAACUCAGAGCAAAACAAGGCCCUAAACCGGAAGAAGAGCAACCUGAGAUUGCUCUGAAGCCAUUCAAGAAGCCACAACCUGACACAGAAACACAGAAAGAUGAACCAGACCGAGACAUGAAACUCAAACCAUACGAACCGUCGUCUCCUCAAAUAAGUGACGACGAGCGAGACGAUGCGCCAAAAACUAAGAAAAUCAAGCGCAAGAAGACACCGAAAACUAAAGAUUCUCCAGAAACUGCUCCAGAGAAAGAUGAAACUCCAAAACACGAAGACACUGAACAAAUUGAAUCCCCACACGAUGUUACACACGAACCGGUGUCGAACAUCGUUCAAGACACAUCAGCAGAAGAUCAGGAGAUUGUUCCUAAAACACUUACAAAACCAGAUUUAGAAGAAACUGAUGACACAAAAAUACUUGAAAAGACUAGUGAACCUACAGAAGAAACUCCGGAAGGUGAAAAGCCAAAGAAAAAGAAAAUAAUUAAGAAGGUCAAAAAGGGCGAAAAACCUGAAGAAGAAACAAUUGAAGCACCUCAAGUGACUGAAGAAGAAAUUCCGGAGGUACAGCCUGAGACUGAAGAAAUCCCGGAGGCUGUUGAAGAAGAAACUCCGGAAGGUGAAAAGCCAAAGAAAAAGAAAAUAAUUAAGAAGGUCAAAAAGGGCGAAAAACCUGAAGAAGAAACAAUUGAAGCACGUCAAGUGACUGAAGAAAAAAUUCCGGAGGUACAGCCUGAGACUGAAGUAAUUUCGGAGGCUGUUGAAGAAGAAACUCCGGAAGGUGAAAAGCCAAAGAAAAAGAAAUCUGUUAAAAAGACGAAAAUGCUUCAAGAAGAAGUAACUGAGGCACCAAAGGUCGAAGAAGAAGAAAUUCCUGAGGAGCAGCCUGAAGUUGAGGAAGCUCCGGAAGAAGAACAACCCACAGAAGAAAUUCCAGGAGAAAAGAAACUUAAGAAAAAGAAGGUUGUGAAGAAGCCCAAAAAGGAUGAUGAUUUGGAUCUCAUUCAACAAAUGAUUGAUGCCGAAAUUCCAAAGACGGAGCUUGAAACGUACGAAAAGUUUGAAGGUGAAGAUAAACCUAAAAAGAAGAAGGUCAAGAAGGAAGAACCAAAAUUGACCAAAGAAGAUGUUCCUGAAGAAGAACAACCACUUGAAGAAGCUCCAGAAGAGAAACCUCCUGAAGAGCUACCUGAAGAACAGCCAAAGAAAAAGAAAAUUGUUAAGAAAACAAAGAAAACAGAAAAAGAAAUAAUUGAAGCGCUUCAACCUGAAGAAGCUUCAGAAGAGCAACCACAGGUUGAGGAAGCACCAGAAGAAAUGCCUUCAGAAGAAGUUCCUCAAGAAGAAAAAAUAAAGAAAAAGAAAAUUGUUAAGAAAACAAAGAAGGAAGAAGAAAUAGUGGAGGCAACGAAAGUAGAAGAAGAGGAAAUUCAACCGGAAGUUGAAGAAGUAACAGAAGGUCCAGAAAAAGAAGAAAUUCCUCAAGAAGAGGCUCCUGAAGAUGAAAAACCAAAGAAGAAGAAAAUUGUUAAGAAGAUUAAGAAAACUGAAGAAGAAGUUAUUGAGGCUCCCAAAGUAGAAGAAGAGGAAAUUCCAGAAGAAAAGCCUGAGGUACAAGAAGUACCAGAAGAACAGGAAGAAGUUCCAGAAGAAGAAAUUGCUGGAGAAAAGAAAAAGAAAAAGAAGGUGGUGAAGAAGCCAAAGAAAGAUGAUGAAUUAGAUCUUAUUCAGCAAAUGAUUGAAGCUGAAAUUCCAAAGACAGAACUCGAGUCAUAUGAAAAGUUUGAGGAUGAAGAAAAACCGAAAAAGAAACCAAAAGAAGACAAGAAAGAAAAGCCCAAACCUAUGAAAAUCGAGCGUAUAGAACAGAAACCAACAAAGGUUGAUGUGGUUGAUGUGGCUGAUCUUCCUCAGAAAUUAAAACUCAAAAAGCCUAAACCAAUCGAGAGAACUAGCAUAGAUGAAAUCAGCUUCCCGAAAAAGAAGCUGAAGAGCAAAAUUACUCAUGUUGAAUAUCCCCCAGAGACAUUAAAAUUAGUCAUUUUCGACAUGAAUACAAUUCGUGAUGCUGGAAUUCUCUCUCGAAACGUUGAAGAGGCUGAGAAAUUGCCCAAGAAGAAGAAAAUCAAGAAGUUUAAACUUCCAGAAGAGCUCAAAGAAGAUCUAGAAAGACCUCAAUUAGAGAAAUAUGAAAAAUACGAAAGUAGCUCUGAUGAGGCACCUGAAACUGAAGGCUAUAAAAGACCAAAGAAAGAAAAGAAGGAAGAAACUCCUGAAGAAAAGACGUUGAAAUUAGGUAAAGGCAAAAAGAAGCCUCAAGAGGAAGAAACUUCCGAAGAAGUGAAGCUUAAAGCAAUUCCCGAAAAGAAACCAACUGAAGAAGUUGAAGAAGAAAAGAAACCCAAAAAGAAGGAGCCUCAAGAAGAGAAGCCUUCAAAGAAAAAGAAACCAAAGGAUGAUUCUAAAUUACCAGCUCCUCUUGAAUUUGAUUUUGAACCUUCAGAAAUUCCGCCUUAUGAACCAGAAGAACCAGAACACGAAGAACACGUACCAGAAGAAACGCCCGAAGAGAAACCAAAGCACAAACGCAAGAAGAAAACUGAACCUCAGCCUGAAACGGUUGAGAUUCCUCUGAAGAAAGGUAAACCAAAGAAACCAGAGGUAAUUCCGGAAGAAGAAGUAAAAUUGAGAGCAAAACAAGGCCCUAAACCGGAAGAAGAGCAACCUGAGAUUGCUCUGAAGCCAUUCAAGAAUCCACAACCUGACACAGAAACACAGAAAGAUGAACCAGACCGAGACAUGAAACUCAAACCAUACGAACCGUCGUCUCCUCAAAUAAGUGACGACGAGCGAGACGAUGCGCCAAAAACUAAGAAAAUCAAGCGCAAGAAGACACCGAAAACUAAAGAUUCUCCAGAAACUGCUCCAGAGAAAGAUGAAACUCCAAAACACGAAGACACUGAACAAAUUGAAUCUCCACACGACAAAACACAAGAAAUUGAACCAGACAAUGAAGUAAAGAAACCAGCAAUUGGCAUACAAGACACACCACAAAUCACAGACACACAAAUUGUUCCAAAACCCGAUCAAAGCUCUGAGGAAAAAAAUGAUCUACCAAAGGAAGAAGAAAUACCCAAUGAAGAAGCAAUGCCAAAGAAAAGAAAAAUCACAAAGAAACCGAAAAAAAUAGAAAAAACUGAAGGUGAAAUAAUUGAAACACCAGAAGUAACUGAAGAAGAAGUUCCAGAAAAACAAUUUGAGGUUGAACAAGUUCCAGAAGAAAAACAGCCGGUAGAAGAAACUCCCAAAGCAGAAAAACCAAAGAAAAAGAAAUUGGUUAAGGAAACGGAAGGAAAAAUAACAGAAGAAUCACAACCAGUUAAAGAGGAAAUACAGGAACAAGAAUCUGAGAUCGAAAACAUACUGGAACUUCCCGAAGAAAAGCCUGUUGAAGAAGAAACUCAAGAAAGUGAAAAGAAAAAGAAAACAAUUAAGAAGGUCAAAAAGGGUGAAAAACCUGAAGAAGAAACAAUUGAAGCACGUCAAGUGACUGAAGAAGAAAUUUCGGAGGUACAGCCUGAGACUGAAGAAAUCCCGGAGGCUGUUGAAGAAGAAACUCCGGAAGGUGAAAAGUCAAAGAAAAAGAAAUCUGUUAAAAAGACCAAGAAGGUGGAGGAAGUAACUGAGUCACCAAAGGUCGAAGAACAAGAAAUUCCUGAGGAGCAGCCUGAAGUUGAGGAAGCUCCGGAAGAAGAACAACCCACAGAAGAAAUUCCAGGAGAAAAGAAACUUAAGAAAAAGAAGGUUGUGAAGAAGCCCAAAAAGGAUGAUGAUUUGGAUCUCAUUCAACAAAUGAUUGAUGCUGAGAUUCCAAAGACGGAGCUUGAAACGUACGAAAAGUUUGAAGGUGAAGAUAAACCUAAAAAGAAGAAGGUCAAGAAGGAAGAACCAAAAUUGACCAAAGAAGAUGUUCCUGAAGAAGAACAACCACUUGAAGAAGCUCCAGAAGAGAAACCUUCUGAAGAGUUACCUGAAGAACAGCCAAAGAAAAAGAAAAUUGUUAAGAAAACAAAGAAAACAGAAGAAGAUAUAAUUGAAGCGCUUCAGCCUGAAGAAGCUUCAGAAGAGCAAACAAAGAUUGUGGAAGCACCUGAAGAAAUGCCUUCAGAAGAAGUUCCUCAAGAAGAAAAAAUAAAGAAAAAGAAAAUUGUUAAGAAAACAAAGAAGGAAGAAGAACCAGUAGAGGAACCGAAAGUAGAAGAAGAGGAAAUUCAACCGGAAGUUGAAGAAGUAACAGAAGGUCCAGAAAAAGAAGAAAUUCCUCAAGAAGAGGCUCCUGAAGAUGAAAAACCAAAGAAGAAGAAAAUUGUUAAGAAGAUUAAGAAAACUGAAGAAAAAGUUAUUGAGGCUCCCAAAGUAGAAGAAGAUGAAAUUCGAGAAGAAAAGCCUGAGGUACAAGAAGUACCAGAAGAACAGGAAGAAGUUCCAGAAGAAGAAAUUGCUGGAGAAAAGAAAAAGAAAAAGAAGGUGGUGAAGAAGCCAAAGAAAGAUGAUGAAUUAGAUCUUAUUCAGCAAAUGAUUGAAGCUGAAAUUCCAAAGACAGAACUCGAGUCAUAUGAAAAGUUUGAGGAUGAAGAAAAACCGAAAAAGAAACCAAAAGAAGACAAGAAAGAAAAGCCCAAACCUAUGAAAAUCGAGCGUAUAGAACAGAAACCAACAAAGGUUGAUGUGGUUGAUGUGGCUGAUCUUCCUCAGAAAUUAAAACUCAAAAAGCCUAAACCAAUCGAGAGAACUAGCAUAGAUGAAAUCAGCUUCCCGAAAAAGAAGCUGAAGAGCAAAAUUACUCAUGUUGAAUAUCCCCCAGAGACAUUAAAAUUAGUCAUUUUCGACAUGAAUACAAUUCGUGAUGCUGGAAUUCUCUCUCGAAACGUUGAAGAGGCUGAGAAAUUGCCCAAGAAGAAGAAAAUCAAGAAGUUUAAACUUCCAGAAGAGCUCAAAGAAGAUCUAGAAAGACCUCAAUUAGAGAAAUAUGAAAAAUACGAAAGUAGCUCUGAUGAGGCACCUGAAACUGAAGGCUAUAAAAGACCAAAGAAAGAAAAGAAGGAAGAAACUCCUGAAGAAAAGACGUUGAAAUUAGGUAAAGGCAAAAAGAAACCCCAGGAAGAAGAAGUACCUGAAGAAGUGAAGCUUAAAGCAAUUCCCGAAAAGAAACCAACUGAAGAAGUUGAAGAAGAAAAGAAACCCAAAAAGAAGGAGCCUCAAGAAGAGAAGCCUUCAAAGAAAAAGAAACCAAAGGAUGAUUCUAAAUUACCAACCUAUCUUGAAUUUGAUUUUGAACCUUCAGAAAUUCCGCCUUAUGAACCAGAAGAACCAGAACACGAAGAACACGUACCAGAAGAAACGCCCGAAGAGAAACCAAAGCACAAACGCAAGAAGAAAACUGAACCACAACCUGAAACUGUUGAAAUUCCACUCGUGAAGGGCAAACCAAAGAAACCCGAAGACAUUCCUGAAGAGGAGAUCAAACUCAGAGCAAAACAAGGCCCUAAACCGGAAGAAGAGCAACCUGAGAUUGCUCUGAAGCCAUUCAAGAAGCCACAACCUGACACAGAAACACAGAAAGAUGAACCAGACCGAGACAUGAAACUCAAACCAUACGAACCGUCGUCUCCUCAAAUAAGUGACGACGAGCGAGACGAUGCGCCAAAAACUAAGAAAAUCAAGCGCAAGAAGACACCGAAAACUAAAGAUUCUCCAGAAACUGCUCCAGAGAAAGAUGAAACUCCAAAACACGAAGACACUGAACAAAUUGAAUCUCCACCAUUUUACAAGGGCCUGCAAAAGCUUCUUUUUACAGGAAUCAAGUAUAAUUUUAAUACACUAGAUACUGUCAAAGAUACACCAGCAGAAGAUGUGCCUCAAACACUUUCACCACAAAUUACAGAAGACAUCGAGGAAAGUACUGAAGAUCAAAAAUCUGAGCCGGAAAACAAACAAGAAGACAUUUCAGAGGGAAAGCCAAGAAAAAAGAAAAUCACAAAGAAACCCAAACAAGGCGAUGAACCAACUGAUGUAACAAAACCAAUUGAAGAGGUAAUUCAAGAUGAAAAACCUGAGGUUGAAGAUGUUCCAGAAGAAGACCAACCUGUUGAGGAAACCACAGAAGAAGAAAAACCAAAGAAAAAGAAAGUAAUUAAGAAAACAAAGAAAACAGAGGAAGAAAUAACUGAAGCACCCCAAGUGAAUGAAGAAGAAAUUCCGGAGGUAAAGCCUGAGACUGAAGUAAUUUCGGAGGCUGUUGAAGAAGAAACUCCGGAAGGUGAAAAGCCAAAGAAAAAGAAAUCUGUUAAAAAGACGAAAAUGUUUCAAGAAGAAGUAACUGAGGCACCAAAGGUAGAAGAACAAGAAAUUCCUGAGGAGCAGCCUGAAGUUGAGGAAGCUCCGGAAGAAGAACAACCCACAGAAGAAAUUCCAGGAGAAAAGAAACUUAAGAAAAAGAAGGUUGUGAAGAAGCCUAAAAAGGAUGAUGAUUUGGAUCUCAUUCAACAAAUGAUUGAUGCCGAGAUUCCAAAGACGGAGCUUGAAACGUACGAAAAGUUUGAAGGUGAAGAUAAACCUAAAAAGAAGAAGGUCAAGAAGGAAGAACCAAAAUUGACCAAAGAUGUUCCUGAAGAGGAACAACCACUUGAAGAAGCUCCUGAAGAGAAACCUUCUGAAGAGAAACCUUCUGAAGAGAAACCUUCUGAAGAGCUACCUGAAGAACAGCCAAAGAAAAAGAAAAUUGUUAAGAAAACAAAGAAAACAGAAGAAGAAAUAGUUGAAGCGCCUCAGCCUGAAGAAGCUUCAGAAGGGCAACCACAGGUUGAGGAAGCACCAGAAGAAAUGCCUUCAGAAGAAGUUCCUCAAGAAGAAAAAAUAAAGAAAAAGAAAACAGUAAAGAAACCAAAGAAGGAAGAAGAAAUAGUGGUGGCAACGAAAGUAGAAGAAGAGGAAAUUCAACCGGAAGUUGAAGAAGUAACAGAAGGUCCAGAAAAAGAAGAAAUUCCUCAAGAAGAGGCUCCUGAAGAUGAAAAACCAAAGAAGAAGAAAAUUGUUAAGAAGAUUAAGAAAACUGAAGAAGUUAUUGAGGCUCCCAAAGUAGAAGAAGAUGAAAUUCGAGAAGAAAAGCCUGAGGUACAACAAGUACCAGAAGAACAGGAAGAAGUUCCAGAAGAAGAAAUUCCUGGAGAAAAGAAAAAGAAAAAGAAGGUGGUGAAGAAGCCAAAGAAAGAUGAUGAAUUGGAUCUUAUUCAGCAAAUGAUUGAAGCUGAAAUUCCAAAGACAGAACUCGAGUCAUAUGAAAAGUUUGAGGAUGAAGAAAAACCGAAAAAGAAACCAAAAGAAGACAAGAAAGAAAAGCCCAAACCUAUGAAAAUCGAGCGUAAAGAACAGAAACCAACAAAGGUUGAAGUCGUUGAUGUGGCUGAUCUUCCUCAGAAAUUAAAACUCAAAAAGCCUAAACCAAUCGAGAGAACUACCACAGAUGAAAUCAGCUUCCCGAAAAAGAAGCUGAAGAGCAAAAUUACUCAUGUUGAAUAUCCUCCAGAGACAUUAAAAUUAGUCAUUUUCGACAUGAAUACAAUUCGUGAUGCUGGAAUUCUCUCUCGAAACGUUGAAGAGGCUGAGAAAUUGCCCAAGAAGAAGAAAAUCAAGAAGUUUAAACUUCCAGAAGAGCUCAAAGAAGAUCUAGAAAGACCUCAAUUAGAGAAAUAUGAAAAAUACGAAAGUAGCUCUGAUGAAGCUCCAGAGACUGAAGGAUAUAAAAGACCAAAGAAAGAAAAGAAGGAAGAAACUCCUGAAGAAAAGACGCUGAAAUUAGGUAAAGGCAAAAAGAAGCCUCAAGAGGAAGAAACUCCCGAAGAAGUGAAGCUUAAAGCAAUUCCCGAAAAGAAACCAACUGAAGAAGUUGAAGAAGAAAAGAAACCCAAAAAGAAGGAGCCUCAAGAAGAGAAGCCUUCAAAGAAAAAGAAACCAAAGGAUGAUUCUAAAUUACCAGCUCCUCUUGAAUUUGAUUUUGAACCUUCAGAAAUUCCGCCUUAUGAACCAGAAGAACCAGAACACGAAGAACACGUACCAGAAGAAACGCCCGAAGAGAAACCAAAGCACAAACGCAAGAAGAAAACUGAACCACAACCUGAAACUGUUGAAAUUCCACUCGUGAAAGGCAAACCAAAGAAACCCGAAGACAUUCCUGAAGAGGAGAUCAAACUCAGAGCAAAACAAGGCCCUAAACCGGAAGAAGAGCAACCUGAGAUUGCUCUGAAGCCAUUCAAGAAGCCACAACCUGACACAGAAACACAGAAAGAUGAACCAGACCGAGACAUGAAACUCAAACCAUACGAACCGUCGUCUCCUCAAAUAAGUGACGACGAGCGAGACGAUGCGCCAAAAACUAAGAAAAUCAAGCGCAAGAAGACACCGAAAACUAAAGAUUCUCCAGAAACUGCUCCAGAGAAAGAUGAAACUCCAAAACACGAAGACACUGAACAAAUUGAAUCUCCACACGAAAAGAAACCAGAAAUAUUGCCUGAUACGGUCAAAGACACACCCGCACCACAAAUUACAGAAGACAUCGAGAAGGUUGCUGAGGAAGAAGCUCCAUUAGAAGGCGACAAGGAGGAUGUUCAAGAAGAGGAGAAACCAAAGAAAAGGAAAGUGUCGAAAAAGCCGAAGAAAGGCGAUGAACCAAAGGAAGAAAUUGUAGAACCUGAAGUGGCUGAGGAAGAAAAGCCGGAAAUUGAAGAGGUUCCAGAAGUACAACCUGUUCAAGAGGAAGCUCCCAUUGAGGAGAAACCAAAGAAGAAGGUUGUUAAGAAAGUGAAAAAAGAUGAAGAGAUAGUUGAAGUUCCUAAAUCAGUAGAAGAAGAGGGUAUUCCAGAAGAAAAGUCAGAAGUUGAAACAGUACCUGAAAUCCCUGAAGAAGAACAACCAGUAGAAGAGGAAGAAAAGCCAAAGAAAAAGAAAUCUGUUAAAAAGACGAAAACACUUCAAGAAGAAGUAACUGAGGCACCAAAGGUAGAAGAACAAGAAAUUCCUGAGGAGCAGCCUGAAGUUGAGGAAGCUCCGGAAGAAGAACAACCCACAGAAGAAAUUCCAGGAGAAAAGAAACUUAAGAAAAAGAAGGUUGUGAAGAAGCCCAAAAAGGAUGAUGAUUUGGAUCUCAUUCAACAAAUGAUUGAUGCCGAGAUUCCAAAGACGGAGCUUGAAACGUAUGAAAAGUUUGAAGGUGAAGAUAAACCAAAAAAGAAGAAGGUCAAGAAGGAAGAGCCAAAAUUGACCAAAGAAGAUGUUCCUGAAGAAGAACAACCACUUGAAGAAGCUCCAGAAGAGAAACCUUCUGAAAAGUUACCUGAAGAAUCAUCUGAAGAACAGACAAAGAAAAAGAAAAUUGUAAAGAAAAGAAAGAAAACAGAAGAAGAAAUAGUUGAAGCGCCUCAGACUGAAGAAGCUUCAGAAGAGCAAACAAAGAUUGAAGAAGCACCAGAAGUAAUGCCUUCAGAAGAAGCUCCUCAAGAAGAAAAAAUAAAGAAAAAGAAAAUAGUUAAAAAACCAAAGAAGGAAGAAGAAAUAGUGGAGGCACCGAAAGUAGAAGAAGAGGAAAUUCAACCAGAAGUUGAAGAAGUACCAGAAGGUCCAGAAAAAGAAGAAAUUCCUCAAGAAGAGGCUCCUGAAGAUGAAAAACCAAAGAAGAAGAAAAUUGUCAAGAAGAUUAAAAAAACUGAAGAAGAAGUUAUUGAGGCUCCCAAAGUAGAAGAAGAGGAAAUUCGAGAAAAAAAGCCUGAGGUACAAGAAGUACCAGAAGAACAGGAAGAAGUUCCAGAAGAAGAAAUUCCUGGAGAAAAGAAAAAGAAAAAGAAGGUGGUGAAGAAGCCAAAGAAAGACGAUGAAUUAGAUCUUAUUCAGCAAAUGAUUGAAGCUGAAAUUCCAAAGACAGAACUCGAGUCAUAUGAAAAGUUUGAGGAUGAAGAAAAACCAAAAAAGAAACCAAAAGAAGACAAGAAAGAAAAGCCCAAACCUAUGAAAAUUGAGCGCAAAGAACAGAAACCAACAAAGGUUGAAGUUGUUGAUGUGGCUGAUCUUCCUCAGAAACUCAAAUUAAAGAAACCAAAACCAAUUGAAAGAACGAGUACAGAUGAAAUCAGCUUCCCUAAAACCAAAUUGAAGAGUAAGAUCAAUCACGUUGAGUACCCUCCUGAAAGCACAAAAUUGGUGAUUGUUGAUCUUAAUAGCAUUCGUGAUGCAGGUAUUUUGUCACGAAAUGUUGAAGAGGCUGAGAAAUUGCCAAAGAAGAAGAAAAUCAAGAAGUUUAAACUUCCAGAAGAGCUCAAAGAAGAUCUCGAGAGGCCUCAAUUAGAGAAAUAUGAGAAAUAUGAAAGUAGCUCUGAUGAGGCGCCUGAAACUGAAGGCUACAGGAGGCCAAAGAAGGAAAAGAAAGAGGAAGAAACUCCUGAAGAUAAAACAUUAAAAAUAGGUAAAGGCAAAAAGAAACCCCAGGAAGAAGAAGUACCUGAAGAAGUGAAGCUUAAAGCAAUUCCCGAAAAGAAACCAACUGAAGAAGUUGAAGAAGAAAAGAAACCCAAAAAGAAGGAACCGGAAGAAGAGAAACCUUCAAAGAAAAAGAAACCAAAAGAUGAUUCUAAAUUACCAGCUCCUCUUGAAUUUGAUUUUGAACCUUCAGAAAUUCCGCCUUAUGAACCAGAAGAACCAGAACACGAAGAAUUCCCUAAGGAAGAAACUUCCGAAGAGAAACCCAAACAUAAGCGCCAAAAGAAACCCGAACCUCAGCCUGAAACGGUUGAGAUUCCUCUGAAGAAAGGUAAACCAAAAAAACCAGAGGAAAUUCCGGAAGAAGAAGUAAAAUUGAGAGCAAAACAAGGCCCUAAACCGGAAGAAGAGCAACCUGAGAUUGCUCUGAAGCCAUUCAAGAAACCACAACCUGACACAGAAACACAGAAAGAUGAACCAGACCGAGACAUGAAACUCAAACCAUACGAACCGUCGUCUCCUCAAAUAAGUGACGACGAGCGAGACGAUACGCCAAAAACUAAGAAAAUCAAGCGCAAGAAGACACCGAAAACUAAAGAUUCUCCAGAUGAAGAUGUGCCUACAGACAUUAAAGAUGAUACAGAAAAGACACCCGAUGAGCCUUCAAAAGAUAUAACUCCAAAACAAGAAACUAUAGAACACAAACCGGAAAUUCCAACACAAGAUGAGGCAAAACCAGAGGAAGAAACACCUGAAGAUGUGCCAGAAGAAGCAAUUCAACCUCUUGAAGAAGUUGCAGAGAAGCCCAAGAAAAAGAAAGUCAUCAAGAAACCCAAGGAUACUGAAGAGCUUCCAAAGGAAAUAGAGGAAAUUGAAAAACAACCCGAAGAAGAGAUUCCUCAGGAAGAAAAACAAUUUGAAGAAGUUCCAGAGGAAACGGAAGUACCUAAAAAGAAAAAGCCGACUAAAAAACCAAAAGAAGAGAAAAAGGAGGUAGAAGAGGAAGCUCCAAAACCAGUUGAAGAAAUUCCAGAAGAGAUACAAGAGGAAAUUAAACCUGAAUCAGUAAAAGAAGAAGAAAUUCCAGAGGUUGUUCCCGAAGAAACUACGGAGGAAGAAGGCAAAAAACCAAAGAAAAAGAAAGUUGUGAAAAAGCCAAAGAAAGACGAUGAUUUGGAUCUUAUACAACAAAUGAUUGAAGCUGAAAUUCCAAAGACUGAACUCGAGACGUACGAAAAGUUUGAAGAAGAAAAACCGAAAAAGAAACCAAAAGAAAAGGAAGAACCAGAAGAAAAGCCUAAGCCUAAACCAUUGAAGAUUGAGCGUAAAGAACAGAAACCAACAAAGGUUGAAGUGGUUGAUGUGGCUGAUCUUCCACAGAAACUUAAAUUGAAAAAGCCUAAACCAAUCGAGAGAACGAGUACAGACGAACUCAGCCUCCCGAAAACUAAACUGAAGAGUAAGAUCAAUCUUGUUGAAUAUCCUCCCGAGACUACAAAAUUGGUAAUUGUUGACUUAAACAGCAUUCGUGAUGCUGGAAUUCUCUCUCGAAAUGUUGAGGAGGCUGAUAAACUUCCUAAGAAAACAAAGGUUAAAAAGAUUAAACUUCCUAAAGUGCCUAAAGAUGAUUUAGAGAGGCCUCAGUUGGAGAAAUAUGAGAAAUACGAAAGUAGCUCUGAUGAAGCUCCAGAGACUGAAGGCUACAGGAGGCCAAAGAAAGAAAAGAAAGAAGAAGAAAUUCCUGAGGAAAAAAUACUCAAACUCGGUAAGGGCAAAAAGAAGCCAGAAGAGGAAGAAAUUCCUGAAGAGGUGAAGCUUAAAGCAAUUCCAGAAAAGAAACCAACUGAAGAAGUUGAAGAAGAAAAGAAACCCAAAAAGAAGGAACCGGAAGAAGAGAAACCUUCAAAGGAAAAGAAACCAAAAGAUGAUUCUAAGUUACCAGCUCCUCUUGAAUUUGAUUUUGAACCUUCAGAAAUUCCGCCCUAUGAACCAGAACAACCAGAACACGAAGAAUACUUUAAGGAAGAAAUUUCAGAAGAAAAACCCAAACAUAAGCGCCAAAAGAAACCCGAACCUCAGCCUGAAACGGUUGAGAUUCCUCUGAAGAAAGGUAAACCAAAGAAACCAGAGGAAAUUCCGGAAGAAGAAGUAAAAUUGAGAGCAAAACAAGGCCCCAAACCGGAAGAAGAGCAACCUGAGAUUGCUCUGAAGCCAUUCAAGAAGCCACAACCUGACACAGAAACACAGAAAGAUGAACCAGACCGAGACAUGAAACUCAAACCAUACGAACCGUCGUCUCCUCAAAUCAGUGACGACGAGAGAGACGAUGAGAAAACAAAGAAAAUAAAACGUAAAAAGGUUCCCAAGGACAAAGAGUCUCCAGCAAUUUUGGACAAGCCUGAUGAGACUAAAGUCCCUGAAGAAGAAUCCAUUGUUCCCAAAGAACCUGAGAGAGAUGUCCCAGAAGAUAUUAUUGAAGACAAACCCGUGGAGGAAGCAAAACCAACUGCUCCACAUUUUGAACCUGCUGUAAUUUCGGAAGAGAAACCUGAGGAGGAAGCACCAGAAAUUCCUGAGGAAGGAAAGCCAAAACCAAAGGAAGCUCCGAAAAAGAAGAAGGUCGUUAAAAAGCCAAAGAAGGAUGAUGAAUUGGAUCUUAUCCAACAAAUGAUUGAAGCUGAGAUUCCAAAAACAGAACUCGAGUCAUAUGAAAAGUUUGAGGAUGAAGAAAAACCAAAGAAGAAACCAAAAGAAAAGGAUGAACCGGAGGAAAAGCCUAAACCUAAACCUUUGAAGAUUGAGCGUAAAGAACAGAAACCAACAAAGGUUGAAGUGGUUGAUGUGGCUGAUCUUCCUCAAAAACUCAAACUAAAGAAACCUAAGCCAAUUGAAAGAACGAGUACAGAUGAAAUCAGCUUCCCUAAAACUAAACUGAAGAGUAAGAUCAAUCACGUUGAAUAUCCUCCCGAGAGUACAAAAUUGGUAAUUGUUGACUUGAACAGCAUUCGUGAUGCAGGUAUUUUGUCACGAAAUGUUGAAGAGGCUGAGAAAUUGCCCAAGAAGAAGAAAAUCAAGAAGUUUAAACUUCCAGAAGAGCUCAAAGAAGAUCUCGAGAGGCCUCAAUUGGAGAAAUAUGAAAAAUACGAAAGCAGCUCUGAUGAAGCUCCAGAGCCAGAGGGUUACAAGAGACCAGAGAAAGUCAAGAAAGAGGAAACUCCUGAACCAAAAACACUGAAGCUCGGAAAGGGCAAAAAGAAGCCUCAGGAGGAAGAAGUUCCUGAAGAAGUGAAGCUUAAAGCAAUUCCCGAAAAGAAACCAACUGAAGAAGUUGAAGAAGAAAAUAAACCCAAAAAGAAGGAACCCGAAGAAGAGAAACCAACAAAGAAAAGGCCAAAAGAAGAUAUAACUGUACCAUCUCCUUUAGAAUUCGAUUUUGAGCCAUCGGAAGUUCCCCCAUAUGAACCAGAGGUGCCAGAACACGAAGAGCCUAUCCCUGAAGAAGUUCAGGAGGAAAAGCCAAAAUACAAACGCAAGAAGAAGCCUGAACCUCAACCAGAAACAAUUCAAAUUCCACUGGAGAAGGGAAAACCAAAAGAACCCGAAGAAGUUCCAGAGGAAGAUGUUAAAUUCAGAAUUCCAGAGGCACCUCCGAAACCAGAAGAAGAACCCGAACAAGUUGUUCUUAAACCCUUCAAGAAACCUGCUGAUGAACCUGAAGAAGUUGUGGCCGAAGUGAAACUUAAAGAAGAACCAAAGCCAGAACCUGAGGAAGUUGCGGUUAAAAUUAAAAAGAAGAAACCAAAGAAACCCGCGGAGGAAGUCGAAGAGGCUGUUUUGAAAAUUAAAAAGCCCGAAGAAGUUGUGGAAGAUGUGAUUAUUAAGAAACCAACUAAAGAAGACACCGAAGAGGUUGUUGCUGAGAUAACAUUGAAAGAAGCUCCUAAACAAGAACCAGAGGAUGUAGCUGAAGCAAUCACAAUUAAAAAGAAGAAACCUAAGAAACCAACUGAAGAAGCUGAAGAGGUUGUUCUUAAGAUUGAAAAACCCGAAGAAGUUGUCGAAGACGUCGUAAUUAGGAAGCCAGUGAAGGAAGAAGUUGAGGAAGUUGUGGCUGAAAUAAAAUUAAAAGAAGAACCAAAGCCAGAACCCGAAGAAGUUGCUGUUAAGAUUAAGAAGAAGAAGCCAAAGAAACCAACUGAAGAAGUUGAAGAGGCAGUUCUUAAGAUUGAGAAACCUGAAGAGGUGAUUGAAGAUUUUGUCAUUGUAAAACCAACAAAAGAAGAAACUGAAGAAGUUGUGGCUGAAAUUAAGCUGAAAGAAGAACCAAAACCAGAACCUGAAGAAGUAGCGGAGGCAAUUAAAAUUAAAAAGAAGAAGCCUAAGAAGCCAACUGAGGAAACUGAAGAAGUUGUUCUCAAGAUUCAGAAACCGGAAGAAGUUGUUGAAGAAGUUGUGAUUAAGAAGGCUCCGAAAGAAGAAAUAGAGGAAGUUGUAGCUGAAAUAAAAUUGAAGGAAGAACCCAAACCAGAACCUGAGGAGGUGGCUGUGAAGAUCAAGAAGAAGAAGCCAAAGAAACCCACAGAAGAGGUGGAAGAAGCCGUUCUUAAGAUUCAAAAACCAGAAGAGGUUGAGGAGGUGACAAUUGUAAAACCAACUAAAGAAGAAACGGAAGAAGUUGUUGCUGAAUUUAAAUUGAAAGAAGAACCAAAACCGGAACCCGAAGAAGUUGCUGAGGCUGUUAAAAUUAAGAAGAAGAAACCUAAGAAGCUAACAGAAGAGACAGAGGAGGCAUUUUUGAAGAUUGAGAAACCAGAAGAAGUCGUUGAAGAUGUGAUUAUUCGAAAACCAACAAAAGAAGAGGAGGAAGAGGUUGUAGCUGAAGUAACGUUGAAAAAGCAACCAAAACCAGAACCUGAAGAUGUAGAUGUGAAGAUUAAGAAGAAGAAAUCAAAGAAACCAACUGAGGAGACGGCUGAAGUUGUAUUCAAGCUCAAGAAGCCAGAAGUUGUGGAAGAUGUGGUGAUUAUGAGGCCAACUGAGGAAGAAGAGGUUGUUGCUGAAUUCCGACUGAAGAAGGAACCCGAAGCUGAACCAGAAGAUGUCUCCGAAGAAAUUAAGAUCAAGAAGAAGAAACCAAAGAAGCGAACUGAAGAGACGGAAGAAGGUUUCUUAGUCGUGCAAGUUCCCGAAGAGUACGAAGAUGAUGGUUCUGAGCACAUUUCUGAAGAAAUCUUUGAUGAAUUUGUAAUUGUUAAGAAGAAACCUCCAAGACCUAUUCCGGUAAUUGAAGAAUUCACCGAUGAUUACACUGUGAAGAAGCUGCGAACGGUUAGGAAGCCCUCUAGGCCAGAUAUACCUGAAGUCACGGACGUUGAGAAUGUUACAUUCCGACCAAAACGUACAACAACAAAGGAGGAUAUUGAGCAGGAAUUCAACAUUCAGCUGGAUUCGUAUGCAGAGGAAGAAAUCUCAAUGUCGGGCAAGGUGAAGCUGAAGAAGACAAAGCCACUCACGUACUCGGAAGAAGCAGGUGAAGCAUCAAUUAAGCUGGUUCAAACAUUCGAUGAUGAUGGCCCAAUUAUUGAGGAAAUUAUCGACGAUGGAAGUGAACCAGAGGACACAAUGUACGACAUUGAUGAGCCUGAUGAGUUCUCCGAUAGCAUCUUCCUCGAAGAAGAACCGGACAGUGUAAGUUUCAAGCUGAAGGGAAAACAACCGAAAUUCGUUAAGCCUGAAUAUCGCAUUGAGGAUCUUGAGGAAGAUAUUUCAUUGGAGUUAUCGUACAAGAAGAAGGAGAGGAUCAGCUACGAAGAAGAUUCCUUGACGCUCAAACAGAAGCGCAAACCUCUCCAAACAUUCCUUGAAGAAAAUGCCUCCCUUCAAAUCACAAAAGAGUACGAAGUUGAAGCUCUAACCGAUGAGGAAGUUAUGUAUUCCAUCUGCACGUAUGUGGCUGAAAAUGAAGAAGCUCUAAACCUCGUUGAAGGAGAGAAGGUUUACGUUAUUGAACAACAAAAUGCCGACUGGUGGUUCGUGAGGAAGUACUUAACGGAUGACAAGGGCUGGGUUCCAGCUCAGUGCUUGAUGGAUGAAGUUUCCUACACGCACUACGUCCAGAAGAAGCUCAAUGAAAAGAUUGAUAAACUUCCAGUCUUUGAACGACCAGGACCAGCGGAGAAAACUCUAGCCCCGAAAUUCAUUGAGAAGCUACAACCACAGCACGUUCCUGAUGGGUACACUGUGCAGUUUGAGUGCAAGGUUGAGGGUCUCCCAAGGCCCCAGAUAACCUGGUUCCGUCAGACGGCUAUCAUCAAACCCUCAGAAGACUUCCAAAUCUACUACGAUGAUGACAAUGUAGCAACAUUGAUUAUCCGAGAAGUUUUCCCCGAAGAUGCAGGAACCUUCACGUGUGUAGCAAAGAAUGCUGCAGGUUUCGCCUCAAACAGUACGGAAUUGCUCGUUGAAGCUCCCCUCUCUGAUCAUGGAUCUGACGCAACAGGCCUAUCGCGGAAAUCUAUGUCUAGAGAAUCCUCCUUGGCGGAUAUCUUGGAGGGUAUCCCACCGACAUUCUCACGCAGACCUCGAGCACAGUACGUCGAUGAAGGUUCCAACGUUCUCCUUGAAUGUCGCCUUGUUGCCAUCCCUGAGCCAGACGUCUACUGGACGUUCAACGGUGAAGAAAUCACAACCAAAGACAACGUGAAGAUUGUCACAGAGUCCGAUAUGCACAUGUACUGCAGCGUUCUGUCCAUCAACAAGGUGAACAAGAAGCAGGAAGGUGUGUACGAGGUUGUUGCAACGAAUCGUGAAGGUGAAGCCAAAUUGCCGAUUAUUCUCAAGGUGAAAACCGGCGAUAAGGAACCACCGCAAAUUCUUGAACCUCUUAAGAAUAUGAUUAUCCGCGAAGGGGAGAGUGUUAUCCUGAGCACGCACAUCAUUGGCAAUCCAACGCCGAAGAUAACGUGGUUCAAGAAUGGCGAACAAAUUAAGGGCAACAAGAAGACGGACAAAGACAUCCAUACCCUUAGUUUAAUAACUCCCACGCGGGAUGAUAGUGGAGAAUACACCGUUAAGGCGGUUAACAACUCCGGAACAGCCGAAACAUCCUGCACACUAACCGUUGAGGAGCCUGAAAGUGGUAAUCCCGAAGCUCCAUUCUUUGUUGAACGCUUCGAAGAGCAAAGUGUUCCACAGAAUGGCACAAUUAGGCUGCCUGCUAGGGUGCUGGGUAAUCCUGUUCCAGAAAUUCUCUGGCUCUGCAACAACAGCCCUCUGUAUCCGUCUGAACGAGUGAAGCAAGCCUACGAUGGGGAGAACAUUGAACUCAUCAUUAAGAAUGCUGAUUCUGAAAGGGAUUCCGGAAAUUACAAAUGCAUCGCCAGCAAUCCAAUUGGUAAAGCAUCUCACGGUGCAAGGAUAACCGUUGAAGUGGAUGAUGUGGUCUUUACGAAGAAGAUGCGGAAGCACGUUGUUGUCGAAGAGACGCAUCGGCUUAUUCUUGAGUGCGAAACCUCGCAUACAGUUAUCACGCGAUGGUACCACAACGACAAAGAACUAACAGGUAUGGAUCAUCGUAUAAUCGUCCAGGAGGGACACAUCCACAAACUAAUCAUCCGCAAUGCAAGCAUGAAGGAUGCCGGGGCAUACAGGUGUACGGUUAAGAAUCAAGUUACAAAAUCCAACGUUGAAGUACUUGAGUGCAAACCCGAAUUCACGCGGAAACUUGAAGAUGUUGAAACAAAGGAGAAGGAAGUUCUUGUGCUGGAAGUUGAAAUUACAUCUGACACCGCUGAUGUAACAUGGUACAAGGAUGGUGAGAGAAUUCAGGAAGCGGACAACAAGAAAUUCGUCAAAGAUGGUCAUAUUAGGAAACUUCUUGUUCGUGGAAUUUCCGUUCACGACGAAGGAGAAUACUCGUGUACGGUUGGAGAUCAAGAAUGUACAGCUGAAGUUAAUGUUAUUGAACUGCCACCUGAACUCCUGAGAGGCCUAGAAGACAUCACGUGCGUCAAAGGGGACAAGGCUACAUUUGAGAUUGAACUAACAAAGGGAGAUGCUCUGGUUAAGUGGUUCAAGAAUGGCAAAGAAAUUCAAUUUAACAGCCACGUUAAGCUAACCAUCGACGGUAAACUGCAAAAACUCAAAAUCUACGAUACAACGAAAGAUGAUCAAGCAGAAUACUCAUGCCAAGUUGGGGAACAUACCUCAAAGGCACGUUUGACCGUUGAAGAACCAAUCGUUGACUUCAUUACGAAGCUUCCGGACACGACAACCGUUACCAAGGAUACAGACGCAACGUUCACUGUUGAACUGUCAAAACCGGACGCAGAGGUUGUUUGGUACAAGAGUGGUAAGAAAAUUAAACCAUCCAGUAAGCACACCGUUGAAGUUGAAGGAACUGUUCGUCGGCUGAUUGUGCACGAUUGCACGGAGGAAGAUGAAACCAGCUACUCAUGCAGUGUCUUUAAUCUCAAAACUACGUCCAAACUUCGUGUACAAGAACUGCCCAAACUACCAACUGUCACAUUGGAUCAAAAGGCCUACAAGGUUCGCAAGGAAGACAGUGUAACGUUCAAUGUAAAGAUUUCAGGAACUCCAAAGCCAACAGUUGAAUGGUAUACAUCGGGCACAGUUGUGAAGAAAUCUCCGCGAAUUUUCAAGGAAUUCGAUGAGGAAUCUGCAAGUUUGACAAUUAAGAAGGUUGUUGAACAAGACGCUGGAGACUACACAGUUCGCGUCAAGAAUCCUUGCGGAGAAGUCGAAGCCACUGUUCAUCUGACCAUUACGCGACCACCUUCACGACCUGGAGCUCCUGAACCUGUUGCCGUUGCCAGUGAUUCAUUAACAUUGUACUGGAAGGUACCAGAAGACGAUGGAGAUGCCGAAAUAACGGAAUACAUCCUUGAGUACCACGAGAAGAAGGUCAAGGAAUGGACUACAAUACGGCAGAUAACCGAUACAACAUACACCGUUGAAAAAUUGACAACAAACAAGGAGUACAUGUUCCGUGUGAUUGCAGUCAAUGAAGUUGGCCCAAGUGAACCAUCCCCCGAAUCUCCAUACAUCAAAGUUAAGGCUUCAACGGAAAAGGAACCGCCUGUUAUCCAAGAACCUCUUAGCGAUGUUUCUAUUGGCCUUGGAAAAACUCUGACACUUUCUUGCGUUAUUGGUGGACAACCUGUGCCGGAAGUAAGCUGGCUCAAGAACGGAAAGUCCAUCAAGAGCGCCAAAACAACGUAUGAGAACAGAAUAGCCAAGUACAUAAUUGAAGAGACAACUGAGAAAACCACAGCAACGUACACAUGCAAGGCUGUUAAUGAAAUUGGAGAAGCUGAAACUUCGUGCAAUGUUAAGGUAGAAGAACGUCCUGAAAUCACAGUUGAGAGCACCGAUGUGUCGAGUCAACUUAAAGUCGGAACAACGUGGGAGGUUACAGCUACAAUUUCAGGCUAUCCAUUCCCAACUAUUGCAUGGUACAAAAAUGAUCUCAAAAUUGAAUCCACAUCAACGUGCAAAAUUAGGACUGAAGGUAAAACCUCAACAAUUUCAAUUGAAAGCGUUGAGAGAACAGAUAGUGCAAAAUACAGGAUUGAAGCAACGAAUUCGUGUGGAACGAGUAGCGUUGACCUCACACUGUCUGUAAUUGAUAAACCAAGCAAACCCGAAGGUCCUAUUCAGGUUAAGGAUGUCAGGAAGGAUUCAAUUGUAAUUGAAUGGAAACCACCAGAGGAUGAUGGUGGUUUGGACAUUGUCAAGUAUUCCAUUGAGAAGUGCGAUCAAGAGAAGGGAACGUGGAUUAAGGUGGCUGAUGUUGAGAAGGGCAUCGAUACAUACUGCAUACAGAGGUUAGCCCUCAAUGCACAGUAUAUCUUCAGAGUUGCUGCUGAAAAUCCAAUUGGAGCUUCGGAGCCGCUUGAAAGUGAGCCAGUUACCAUCAAGAAGAUCAUUGAAAAACCAACCCCACCACGUGGUCCCAUCAGUGUUGUCUCAAUGGAAGAAGCCAGCUGCACAAUUACAUGGCAAUCAUCCGAAUUCGACGGUGGUAGUCCCAUAAUUGAGUACAUCGUUGAGAUCAGCGAAGAAACCGAAGCAACGUACAAAGUUAUCGGAACUACAGACAAUGAAUGCACAGAACUACGUAUUGAUAGCCUGAUCAAGGGUAAAGCCUACGACGUAAGGAUCUGUGCAAGGAAUGAAGUUGGUAAGAGUAUGUAUUUAGAAUCAACCGAAAGGAUUGUUGCAGGACAGAAGUUAUGUAAGUUUCCCGCAGUAAUUGUAAGUUCUCCUUCAAACCGGCAUGAAAAAUGCUUUUUGUGUAAAUUUUCAGAUCCACCAUCAUGCCCACGAAAUGUCCGUUGUGUAAAUGUUACAAGCAGAAGUGCCACGCUUGAAUGGGAGGUGCCAGAACACAAUGGAGGAACUGAGAUUACGGGCUACAUUGUGGAGAAGCGCGUUGCAUCGUCCAAGAAGUGGACAAAGGUUGUUACGCUUGAGAACUACAACCUACAGUAUACAAUUGAAAACCUCAAGGAAAAAUCCGAAUUUGUCUUCCGUGUCUUUGCUGAGAACUCCAUUGGACUUAGUGAACCAGCUGAAACUGAGAAUAUUCUACUCAAUCCUAAUGCCACUGUUCCUUCACCACCAACUGCUCCAUUGGAAGUUCGCGUGGUGGGUACGAAUCUUCAUGCCAUCGAAUGGGGUAUCCCUGAAUCAGACGGAGGUGCACCGUUGAAGGGCUACAACAUUGCGAUACGCGACGUGAAGAAGACAAUGUGGAUUGAAGUGGGUCAAGUACCGGCUGGUGUGCAGAAAUUCCAAGUGAGAGACUUGCAGGACAAUCAUGACUAUCAGAUAAGAAUAUUCGCGCGCAAUGAAAUUGGAUUGAGCGAUCCAUUGGAAUCUGAGGAACCCUACAAAGUUUUGCCCAUGGCAGGUGAUGAGGAGAUGAUGCCUGAGGAAACAAGGACUGAACUGACAGAGCCAACAGGCUUCAGUACUGAGAAUACAUCCUCAUGGCUACGAGAGCACAACAUGGAUGCUGACAUCAACACUUACGCCAGAGCAAAACUCCUGCGAAAGGAUGAAUACUUCUUCCGUAUUUGGCACUACGCCAAGAAGUUAUUCAAAUAAAAAAAUAUAUUCUUUCUUAUUCUAUACCUUCGAAGUAAGAAUUUACAACAAAAUAUUUUAAAAAAAAAACGACACUAUCAACUAUCCCAGCAGCAAAAGAUCGUUCUGAAUGAAAUUUGUUGCAUUCAUUCAGAACAAUAUUUUGUGCGAAUAUUUUUCCUCAUUAUAAUCAACGAAUAUUUUUUUAUACUGUGAUAAAGUAUUUAUUAUCUAAUAUUUUAAUUUUUUAAAUUAUAAACUACCCCCAAAAAAUAAUUUGGAGACUUGAAAAACAUUAUUUAAAGCAAAAACAGUGGGAAUUGAUAAAACAAUUUGAAUGAUUUUCCCUGAAAAGAAAAUUCGCAAAUCUUUUCUGAAUUUCCACACAAAGUUAUGAAUAUAAAAAAAAUUGUAAAUAAAUUUACUGUAAACCUUUAAAAAAUUCAAUGACACGGAAGUAUUUGAAAGAAAAUUUCGUGCCUUUGGGCGAGGGAGACAAAAUAUAGGUGCAAAUAUUUUCUUUUCAAUCAAAAGCUACGAUUUUUUCCGCGAGAUAUCUCCGUGUCAUGAGAGAAUUGUUGAAAAAUGAAAAAAGGUGUGUUUUUCAGUUGAUUUUCAAUAAAUUAUAUAAAAAUUAAA